CUGACAGCUCAGGCAGGCGGCCAUCUCCACAGAAAAAAAAAGAGCUUUGUAAAAGCCAGCUCAGACAAACCGUUUUAUUCUCCUGUGUGAGCCUAGUUACAAGCUACUUGGUAAGUGGAAACGCUGGUUGACACAGGAGACAGCACACAAAAGAAGGCGGAACUACGUGGCUUCAAUUCAAAGGAUCUCAGAUUUUUUUUUUUUUUUUAUAAAGCACCAGCACUUUCUCAGAAGGAAAUAAAAAUAAAAAAAAAGAUGCUUUAACAAGUCUAGCAGGAAGAAAGACUCUCAUCUGCCGGGAGAUGCUCUGUACAUACUGAAGCAGUGCUACCCACACCCACCUGUUUAGGGGGUCUGUGUGAUGCAGGUUAUAGAGCCCACUUUCCUUCUCCAGGUCCUUUAGAAGACUCUCUCAUGGAUCAGUUCUGAGGACUUAGCAUAGGAGUCAUGGUUCUUUGAUGUCUUUAAACUAGAAGAUGCGAAGCUCACUCUGGCUUUUUUCUUACCAUGAGAGUAUUCUCUUUCAAGUGGCUCAGGUUAAAGCUUUUCUGGAGGAAUACUAUAUUUUUCCUGCUCUUCUGGGUCUCUUGCUGGAUUUUCGUGAAUACUUUUAUGUAUGUUCACAGAAGCGUGUUCUCAGAUCGCUGCACUGAUGAGGAAAGUAAGAAUGUUCUUGCUGGACUGGUAAGUGCAGUAAAUAGGAGAAAUAAUGCAUGUGAGUGUUCCAAACAGAUGUGUCAGUGUUCUCUUUAUUAUGCUGAGUGAGUAGUUCUGUCUUGUUUUUUUUCUCCCCUCCAGCGACUUUAUAACUAUGUCAACUUCCAUGAUGUCUUUGGCAAGUCACUUUGUCCCUGAGGCUUUAGAAAUCUCAAGGCUACUGUACUGUGCCUGCACAAUUCUGUGCUCUCAGCUCCUCAGGCAUACCUUGCUGAAGCAGGACUUGUAGUUAGCUAUAAAUCAAGCUGAUAUUGUCAUGCACAACAAAAUAUAUAGAACAGUGCAAUUUGUAUGGUGUCUUAGUUUUCUCUUGAGACUCUAAGAUCUGCUGCACAGUACACAAUAUUCUAUAUAGGGACUAACAGAAAAAGUUCUGAAAGUGAUGCAGUUGAUACUAAAAUCAGUAAAAUGUACAGCCUGUCUGCUUGACGUUUAGAACUUGUCAAGUACUGUUCUUUAUAUAUAACCCAUUAAAAACAAUCAAUUUAUUUGGAAUGUAGGCCUGCAUUGCAUAGAAACAAUUAUGAGUAUAUCUUUAGAACAAAUCAGAUAAAUGUUGCCAAUAAACUGGAAAAAAAAUUUUUUAAGCUUUACAGAAUUAUUUGGCUGGUAAAAAUAUUAGAGGUAAUAUUGUAUUCUGUGUCUUGCAAUGUUUCUGACUUUUUUUGGAAAUGCUAACAUUUUGACCAAUUUCAUUUUUAUCAUAUAUAUAAUAGGUGGGGCAAAAAAGAACUACAAACACCUUGCCUAUUAGUAUUUGUAAAGACCAAUAUGCCUUUGUUUGGGGAAGGAGAUUCCAGUAAGUGCGGUGGUCUGGCUAAAAUCACCCAUCUGAACCAUAUAGGGCAGUGCAGGCCACUAUUGUGCAUUUGGUAGACAUGAUAACUAAUAAUGCAAAUCAAAUAUAAUGAAAAACUGAAAUGCACUUAUAUGGUGAGCAAGCAGAAACAUAUUCUGACUAAUAAAAUAUUCUGAAAGAUUUCUGUCAUAUAAAUCAUCUGAAUAAAACGUUUUUAUUUUUGAUCGUAAUGUUAUAUAAAAAAAGGCUAAUUUAGGAAUUUCCCCUUUAUAGAAUAAGAAUUGUAUUGUUACACUUAAAAGGUAAUUCUAAGCACCAUAGCCAACUGACUCCAUUCCUGCAGCUUUGCAUUUAAAUGUUUUAUUCUGAAGAUUUCUACUUUUUUAGUGUAUGCAGAAACACCUACUUGAUCUGUCAGUCAUCCUGCUGUAAUACCCUCCUUUGGGUUGGUAACAUCAGUUUUCAACAACUUUAUGUCUGCUAUCAGCACACACAGCAUGCUGGGAAUCCAACAUAAAUUUGAAAUUUAAGACAAAAUAAAUAAAUAAAAAUGUUUCCAGUUCUGCAAUUUAGUCUAAAAUUUAGAAUUCAUUUGGAAUUCACAGUUAGUCUCACUUUAUUGUAUAGCUAUGAUUGUAAAAUCCCCUGCUGCCUAACUCUCAGGCAAUUUACUCUCACUUUGAAAAAGAAAAACACAAAUUGGUUCUAGGUUUUGACCUCUGUCCUUUCAAAGUGCAGAGAUCAGAGUGAAAAAAGCAUAAGCAACUCUGUUGUCACAUCAAAUUGUGUCCACAUGCUGGACUGUAACUCUUUCAUGUUCAGCAAGAUUCUGUCUGUGGCUGGUAGGAAUUAAAAUAUACAUUUCUUGUAAAGGGGUAGAGAGACUUCUUGCUAAAAACAUAAUUCCCAUCAGUAUCAUCCAGUGGUAGUCCACACGUACUUUAUAAAGUAAGUUGCCAUAUUAAGGGCCACAUAAAAAUUAUUCCUUAAAACUGAGCUUGAACUUACUAGCCUUAAAAUAUGAUUAUUUUUUUUAUACAAAUCCCUAAAUCACAAUAAAGCCACCCAUUUCCAUGAGCAGAUUUGUACUGAAUAUUUGUCCUCUAUGCCCAUGAAAAAGAUUUGAUUGACAAUGCCUAGGACUAACAAGGAAGGGCAAAUGGUAGUGGAUGAUCGUUAGCCACAAAGACUUGUUCUGCAGCAAAUGAGAGUUUUUUUAUGGCUUAGUUUAUGUGAACUGUAUGCCUUAAAUAGUAAUAUUCAUUUUUGGAUAUAGAGCUUCCCUUUAAAGAAACACUCCAAACACUUAAAACACCUUAACCCGCUGAAGAGAUGUAUUUGUGAAUAGUGUGUCAUUUUAUAUCAUUAGACUUGUUACACCCCCUGGUUGCCAAUCAAACUACCAGUCUUGUUAUUCAGUAGAGAUAAACAUAUAGGCAGAAAUUGCCCAUAGCACCAGUCUUGCAAAUACUUCCCAAUGAAUUGUAAUACAGCUCAGGCUGUGAUUGGACAGCCACAGAACAUACAUGCCGAGAUGCCGCGAGAAGAUGGGGAGGGCUUGCAGUAGCUGCAAAUACUAAAUCUGUAGUUAUUGCAAGCCAAGAUUUCAUAUACCCCCCAAAGAAGCUAUGCAAAACCAAUAACAUGCAUAUUUUCUCCAGGGGUAUGUCUUCUAGAUUGUUGUGUUUUAUUUUACAUAUUUAAUUUAAGCUUCUAGCCACUAGAGGGUACUAUGUGAGUCUUUCUUUAGCUCUUACAUAACAUAAGGAGAAGUAUAAUUUAAAAUACACUAUGUGUGUUGCAGAGAUCGACAUCCUUGACUUUAAUUACCUCAAUUCUAAUGGAAAGCAACUGAUAGUCAGUGCUGUAACUAAGCAGCAUUUUGUGGAUAAGUUAAACUGAUUAGACAAAUGUAGCAGUACCAAUUUUUGUUAAUGAUAAUGCACAUCAUUUUAACACUGUAGUAAUUCAAUAACCUAUUACAAAGAGGAACAAUGAACAAAAACUCCAUAACGACAAUUAUAAAAAAACGGUUUUAUUAUCUGAUCAUAUUCUGCUUGGGUAUGUUUGUCUGUCUAUCUAUCCGCUAAAACUAUAAAUACACAAAAUUACACCUGUGCUUAAACUCCCACUACUCCUGGGUGGCAGCAAUGAUAUAGUACAUAGCCUAAACACAUUGAAUAAUAACUAAAAAAAAAGUUGCCUGUUUACUAUCCCCAAAAAUAUAGCAGCAAGGUUAAUUGUUAGUGUAGGACUCACCUAAUAGGUUUUGCCUUGGCGUUGCAGGUGAGCGCACACUUAAAUGGCCAUUGGAGUGAUACUGAAAAACCUCCAGUUAUUUAAAUGUGCAUAGGGAUUUUAAAUAAUGCACAAGUAACUUUUUUGUUCUAAAACUGUAUUUGUUUGUAUUUAAAAAAAAAAAAAAAAAGGUUUUUCUCUCAUGUGAGAAAACAAAACUUCAUAUUGGAAGCGGAACACUAACCUUGCUGACCAAAUGGCCUCAAGUGCUCAGAAAUCAUCAUCCACUGAACUGGCAUAUAUACCAACAUAUGUUUAACUGUUAGUCUUCAGUUUAUUGAUUUUCCAGCUGUUAAAUAAACAAAAUAAGCAGACAGGUAUACUGUAGACAAUAAAUAGCAUGACAAAAUAUGAAAAACAUGAAAAUCAUUGUUAGAUAUAUAACAUGAGAGUAAUAUUAUCAAGGGUCAUAGAACAGAGGAACUGUAUGCAAAAUAAAAAACAGGGGAAGGAGGGGAUUAUUCAAUUCCCAAAAUGUUGCCACUAAGUGAUAAGCACCCAAUUGUCUAAAAUGUCUGUAGUAUUAAAGGGACCACUUCAUUGAGAUUGGGUGUCAUGCCCCUGUCGUUUUAACCCUGCAAUUUAAAAUAAUGCAGAUCUGGGGGGUUUAAAUGCCUCUAGGUGCUGUCACUUUAGCUCCUCCGUCCAUAUAUCUGAGUCGACCUUGGCUAUCACAAAGACCAUCUGACUGGCACAGCGUGGUGUUUUGCUGCUCAUGCAAAAUAGACUCAAAAUGCGUUCCUAUGGAGGUGGGAUGGCAGUGCGGAGACCAGCACUGUGAGGGUAAAUCGGGGGCACAUACAGUUUUAACAGUCCACUAUAAUGUUAGUAAUACUCUAGACCAGGGCCGCCAUCAGGGGGUGACAACCAAGACGGUACAGCUGCACUGGGGCCCGCACACUAAUAGGGCCACUGUUUGGCCCAAGCAUUUAGGGCCACCCGACAGGCCCUAUAUCUUCAGGGGCCUGGUCAGCGCGUUGGCCGUGUAAUAGCGAGACCGGCCCCUUUAAAAAUGUCAGCCGCAAGAAAUGCUGUGAAGAAGUGACGUCCGGUCACUUCCUUCCAGCUCCCUCAGCCCGGGAGGGGAAAGAGACAGGCCACGAGGACGGGAGAGCCACCCGACUCCCAUAAGCCCCAGCCACCCUCCUGCAAAGAAAAGGUAAGAAAAAUUAGCAUUGUAUGUAUGUAUUUGUAUUGAUAUGUAUCUAUCUGUCUGUAUGUGUAUGCAUGUGUGUAUUAUAUUCCUUAUGUGUGUGUGUCUGUAUAUAUGUUAGUAUUUGUCUGUGUGUCACUAUGUAUGUCUGUGUGUCUGUAUGUGUGUAUGUUUGUUUCAGUAUGUGUGUCAUUUAGUAUGUAUGUGUGUGUGUGUGUGUGUAUCUGUGUCCUUUUUAUAUCAAUGCGUGUGUUUGUGUCUGUGUGUGUGUAUUUCUGUGGGCAAGAUUUGGAGACGGGCUUGGAGGCGGGCCCCUGGGGGCCCAGACCUUGAGCAGUGUUAGGGGCCCCAAAAUUUCUGAUGGCGGCCCUGCUCUAGAGUCUAGACUGUAAGCUUCUUUGAGCAUCACAUUGUUCCUUUAAGUUUUUGUAAUUGUCUCAUUUAUUGUUAAAUCUCCCCUUCCAAUAUUAUUGUAAAGAGCUACGAAAUUUGUUGGCGCUAUAUCAAUGCCAAUAAUAAAUAAAUACACAUUUAUUUCCUAAUGCUGUAGGGCUCCUUUUAGAUAACCCUUCACUGGCUUGCGUACAGCUACACAGCCAUGGAAACUCAUUUGAAGAAGCUGCCAAUGCACAGUUCCUAUGCUGAUUUUGCUUCUAGAGGCUGUUUAGGACACUGUAGUGAUUGAUGCAACAAAUAAUAGGUGAGAUAAUUGCAGAAUUUGUCUUUAUUUUUCUGAGCAUUAUAAUGCAUCAUUCCCACCAGGGAACCAAAUAACAUUUAUGCAUAAAAAUUCAACUGCAAAACAAAACAUUCUGCAAAAGGAAUUUAAUUUAAUUAUUAUAUGAAACAUCCUUAGGAAACUUGUUCAUUUAAAGGAAUUGUUGCCUGCAAACAUUUGUAAUAUCUUUAUUAAAGCUUUGUAGCCAGUCAGUCUCCUCAGUGAUGCCUUAACAUAGUUAGGUAUUAUGUGCACACAAUAAUUGUUUGACGCACAACAACAUUAAUGGGAUGCUCCAGGCACAAAAUGUGCAAGAAAGCAAAUUUGAUACAGUUGCAUGCAGAACAUCAUCUGGAGUUUCAUGCACGACGUCCAAUGCCUGUUUUACAGAAAUGAAAAAGACACAUGCUUCAUCUAUUUACAUUAAAAGAGUGAAAAGUUAUCAAGAAACAUACAUUUGUAAGCCCCAGAAAAUAAUUUAUCAUUCAAGUUAAUGGGAACUGUACAUUAAAUUAUACAAAUGAGAACCACACAGUUCAAAAUACAAAACAUAGUGCAAACUGUAUAAUAAAAUGGAAGUGUGAAAAGAAAUGCCAAAUGACUACUCACAAUUUUCUGAGCUAAAAAACUUAGCUCAGGUUCUUGCGCCUUAGGGUCCGUUAAGGCGACCCUCUCACUCCUUUACGUCCAAACUUUCUUAGGGUUAUAUCCUAGAUGAUUGGUGCAGAGGGAAGAUAUAUAGUGUUUUAUAGUUUAGGCAAAAUAUAGAUAAUAUAGAAGUGCAAAUGCGUACUCACAAACCCAGAGCCUUCCAAUAGGCUCACUUCAAAUCACAAAUGUGGUUAAGGAUCACAUUCCUUCUUUGUGUAAGCUUAUAUUAUAUUAUCUAUUUUUUGCCUAAACUAUACUACACUAUAUAUCUUCCCUCUGCAACAAUCAUCUAGGAUAUAACCCUAAGAAAGUUUGGACGUAAAGGAGGGAGAGGACCCUAAGGCGCAAAAACCUGAGCUAAGUUUUUUAGCUCAGAACAUUGUUAGUUGUCAUUUGGCAUUUCAUUUCACACUUCCAUUUUAUUAUACAGUUUGCACUAUGUUUUGUAUUUUCUUAUUUUAUAUUUAAAGGUAUAUACAGAAUUACUGGCACCUCUACAAAGAGGAUUUUAUCUGUAAAGUGAUACCCUUUUAUAUUGAGCCUCUUUACAACUUUAUUAAGACUGUUCUAUAUCUAUUAUUCUGUACACAAGCGCUGCACUGAGAAACUCCUCUACUCAAUUGGAAGCUAGAUCGAGGAAGAGCAGAGCAAUGAUUUUUUCAGAUCUCUAUAUACAACUGGCUAAACUAGAAAAGUGAAACAAAAAUAAUCCUACCUUGUAAACUGCCAAUUAAAUUAAAUCUGUACAGUCACAAAUCAAUCAAAUACUUGAGAAUAGAGUCAGGAAAAUGACCUUAAUUCUUAAUCAAAAAUGGUACCGCAGUAACAAUAGGGUAGGGAAACUUUUCUCAAGUAGACUUAAACCUUUUAAUAGGCAGGGCAUAAAAAGAAAGUGGAAGGUGAGAAAAUUCACCUUUCUCCGUAUAAUAUAGGCAAUGCCUUCGCGAAAUACUAUUCUUCUUUAUAUAACUUACCCGUAGAUAAAUUCUCAGAAUUAGAACUGUAAUAAUUUUUUAAAAAGUUGAACUUACCACAAUUAAAGAAAUAAAUACUUAAUAGUCUAAACAAACGUUUAACUCUUAAAGGAAAUUAAAGACGUAAUCUUUGAUUUUAAAAAUGGAAAGGCUCCUGGUCCUGAUGAAUAUACAUCUGUUUUCUAUAAAUUUUUUGAACCUAUAAUAUCCCCUUUACUCCGUAAACUUUACAGUGAAAUUAGUUUAUCCCAAAAAAAAGUUCUCUUCAGAUCUGUUAGUUGCAAUAAUUUCACCUAUUUUGAAACCUGGGAAAGAUCCAAACUUUAUGGGGAACUAUCGUCCGACCUCACUUAUUAAUCUAGAUAUGAACAUUCUUUCUAACAUUCUAGCCAAUAGAUUGGCGAUGGUUAUAUCAGAUCUAAUCCAUUUAGCUCAAUCACAAUUUCUAACAGGUAGAUUGGGAAGUGAUAAUAUAAGGAAAAUUUCCAAUAUAAUAUUAAAAGAAAAUAUUCCUUCAGUUUUUAUUUCUGUUGAUGCCAAAAAAGCGUUUCACAGGGUAAACUGGAGAUUUCUUUCAGAAACUCUUACAGCUUUUGGAAUUGAGGGAAUAUUUGGAGAUCUAGUUCAUGGUUCUAGCUUGCAUUAAAGAAUAUAGACAUUUUUCAAACUAUAAAAUUAAUAUGAAUUAAACCUAAAUUGUUUAUUACAACCUUCUACCAACUCAGAAAGACUGUUUAAGCCAUAAAUUUAGCUUUAACUGGUCCAAAAUUUAGCUUUAGCAAUCAACUAAAUUGCUGGGAAUUAAUAUAAACUUUGAAAUUGAAAAAUGGGUAGAUAAUAACUAUGGAGAACUUCUUCAAAAGUAAAAAAAAAAUCGAUUACAGGCUGGAAUAAACUUCAAAUUUCUUGGAUUUCUAGAAUAAAUAUUGUUAGAGCUUAUAUUAUGCCUAGAGUUGAGUAUCUUUUUCGAACAUUACCCAUUAAAGUACCGAAAUACAUACUAAAUCAGUUUCAUCUUCUUUUUAUAUCCUUCAUAUGGCGGAAUAAAAAAACGAGAAUUGCUCGGCAAAUUAUGUUCCAAACUUAACAAUGGAGGAUUGUCUUUUCCUAAUAUUUUUUCAGAUUCACAAUAUUGUACUAUUUUCUCAUUUUUUUGCAUGGGGUAAGAAAAAUUUAAAACUGAAAUCUUGGUAUAUUUAGAAAAAGGUAUGCCGAAAAAUUGACCCUUAUAAUUUUUUGGGGGUCGAUUCUAAUUUUUUUUUUAAAUCUUAGUAUUAACCAUUUAAUAAUAUACCAGAUCUUUAAAUCAAUUGCAGCAAUAAAAAAUCCAAGACCUCCCUGCUGGCCCCUUCCUGCUACAGGGGACCCUAGUCCAUUGGGCACAUGUAUAGGCGAGCCUCUGACCCAUAUGUCCAUGUACCCUAUCCUGGGCUCAGCCUCAGCCCCAGCCCCAUUCUAACUUAGCAACGGAACAAGACAGGGAUGCCCUCUGUCUCCCCUACUGUUCAUUAUAGCGCCAGAACCACUACUUCACCUUAUUAGAAUGCAUAAAGAAAUAAAAGUAAAUAAAAGUGGCAGAUGCAAAAUUUAAAGUAGCCGCCUAUGCUGACGACGUUUUGCUGGCUCUACGAGAACCUGAUUCCUCCCUUUCCCAACUAUUGAACCUCCUACGCAAAAGUAUCAGGUUAUAAAAUCAAUCUGGACAAAUCCAUGGCAAUACCAUUCAGGAUGGUGGUGGGGGACUGAGAGCGGCUAGGGAACAGAGAUGGGAUAAAGGUGACUUACCAUUCAAUUAAAUGCCUAGGCGUAAAACUGACACCUGACCCAAAUAACCUCUACUUCGAGAACUAUACACCCUUAACAUGACCUGGUGUAACAUAUUCAGCCUCACCUUGCGGUAUUUGCGCUCAGCGGCCAUGCAUCUGUGUACCUGACUCCUGCAACAUGUUGAUGAACACCGGUUGCUGCGGAUCCACGCCAAAUUAUAGCCCUACGUCCGCCAACGUUGAUGACGCUCGCACACGUUCUGGGGUCAAAGGCCGAUAUUCGGCCAAUCAGAUUUGUAAAGAGCUGAUUUAAAUGCAAUUUUACUUUUCCUCAUUGCCCUGUCAUGGUUUGCCUAGUGGCUGUCCGAGAGUGUGUUUCUGAGCUUUUAUUUUCUGUUUAUUGACUUUGGCUUCGUUUUACUUCCCUGUAUUCUGGUAUCCCUGACUUUUGGCUUUCCCUCAUCGUUGUGUCUCCUUCUGUGUCCCUGACCUCGGGUACUAUUCUGACUAUUCUUAGGUAUGUUUAGUCAGGCCAUUCUAAGGCCCGGUAAGACGUUACCUUUUAGUCCUAGGUGUGACACAACUCUAUGUGCUGAAUCAACUUUAAUCCUGACACCUGGUUACCUGGCACGAAAAACGAAAACCUGGAUAGGGAGGCUCCACGCCAUCAAAAUGAACCUGCUACCAUGCCUGCUCUUUUUAUUUCAGGCGCUGUCCGUCAAAGUUACUAAGAAAGAUUUAUGUCACCUGCAAAAUAUAAUCGAUAAUUUUAUAUGGGCCAGAAAGUGGCACAGAAUCUGGAGAAAUACAUUAUACAGACCAAAAGCAGUAGGGGGGCUGGGCCUACCAAACCUCUAUACUACCAGUCAGCCCACCACUCACCAAUAGAAACACACUGCUGGGUGGAUUUUGAAUCCCACCUGAUGAGCACGGGUCUCCCCCAAUUCUGGAUCUGGGUGCCUGAACCCGACAGGGUAGACAUAUGGGAGGCUGCUGCAAAAAAGCUCCAUCUCUGUAACUGUGCAGGAACAAUCCUACAAAAUGUUUAUUAGGUGGUAUACCACUCCCGUAAAGUUGCACAGAAUGGGGAAAACCUCCAUGGAUGAAUGUUGAAGGGAGUGUAGGCAGUCUCAUAAAAGAGGUGCUGAACAGACAGGUGGAUACGGAGCCAUGGUUGUUCCUACUAUCCAAACACAGUGAGGGCCUCUCCUCUUGGGAACAGAAACUCCAUAAUAAAUUCACCCUGGCGGCAAGACGCGCUGCAGUGCAGUCAUGACUUAAGACCACAGUAACCACAUUAGAUGAAGUUAUUCAAAAAAAUAAAAGACAACCAUUUCAUGGAUAAAUUAACUGCCCAAAUCCAUAACACGGAGUCCUCCUUUAACAAGGUAUGACAACCGUGGAAAGACUUUGUGACCCAAUAAUGGACACCGGCCCAUCCGUCUUACCCCUUGGUGGGGCGUGUGGAAAAAGUGUUUUGGCGCCCUCUUCGCCCCCUACCCAACCUCUCCCUCAUCGCUCCAGUUUCCUCUCUUUUCAUUUUCUUUUUUUCUUCUAACAUUCUCCUCCCUUUUCUUCUCUUUCAAUUCUUCAAACUCUUCAACAUAAUGAAAACAUGAGCCGGGCAGCAGUCAAAUCACUUCACAUGACAAGGUCUAGCAAUUGAGACAAGUACCCCUGCUGCAAACACGACAACAUUGACCUCAACCAACAUGCACUAAGAGUCCUGAUACAAGUCACAUGAGUGACUGGAUGUGUGGGGCUAACGCCACCUUUAUACAAACCUGAAGUACUUGGUACAGAACCUACUAAUCUUCACCAAUAUCUCUUCUAUAUUACACUUCAUAUCCAUGGUGUGGUUUAUACGCUCCUGUCUUAACUCUGUAUCAUUGCAAUUGUACUGUUACCCAUGUGAAUUUUCUCAUGUACACCUAUGACAAGCUGUACUUUUUCUCUGCCUGUACUCCUAAAUAAAGAAGAAAAAAAAAUAAAAAAUAAAAGACUAGCAUGUUUCCAAAUUUUCAUGCUUGUUAUAACAUACCUUCUAAAGAACUAUUUUUCUAUUUUAGAAUUGUUCAUUUUCUAGGCAAAUCUCAAAUUAUAGACUAGGCCCCAUUAGACAAGAUUAUAUGGGGCAUUUUCAAAAAAAUCUCUGGUUAUUAGAAACAUUAUAACAAAACUUGGUCACGAAACUGAAUCAGAUUCCAUUGUAAAAUGGGAGCGAGAUCUGGGAAGAAAUUUCCCACUACAAUCAUAGAUGAAAUCAUUUGAGCAAAUUAGGAAAACAAUACAUUGUGUAAACUUACAUGAAUCCUUUCUUAAAUUUCUCAACCGAUGGUAUCUGGUCCCUACUAGAUUGUGUAAAUUUCAACCUUUAGUCUCUAACAAUUGUUGGAGAUGUGAAAGAGAAAUAGAAUCUAUAAAACACAUUUGGUGGGACUGCAAUAAUUUAAGCAAAAUUAAAACCAUUAAUAUAGAAAACUAUAAUAGAAUAUGGACACCAUGGCUUGAAUAAUAUAACAGGACGAAUAAUUCUGAAUAGGUAUUUUAAGAUACCUGGGCUAUACUUUUACAAAGCUUCUUUAAAGGUAACAUGUGAGUGAUUUGCUCAGCAGGGCCUUUAAAACAUCUGCGACACUCCCCCCAUCCCGUAUUCCCCAACGAUAAAUCCCCCCAAGCUAAAAAUAAUUUUUUUCUGAUAUAUAUAUAUAUAUAUAUAUAUAUAUAUAUAUAUAUUGAGACUUUUUGUCAAAGAAUUUAAAACUUCCUACAUUAUAUAUCAAGAAACUUACUUACUAGACCAUUGGAAAGAGCUGAUUGAAUACUGUAUGUAUGUUUGCUUUGUAUGACAUCAAGUCUGCAAUGUAAUGUAUUGUAUGUAUUUAUAAUAUGUAUUUAUAAUGUGUAUUUUUAUUUAUUGUAUGACACUUAUUUUUUGUAAUAUGGAAAAACUUUAAUAAAUAUUUAAAUUUAAAAAAAAAAAAAAAAAUUCGGAAGCUGCACUAAUUAUGUACACAUUAAUAAAGGGACAAUAUAGUCACCAAAACAACUUUAGCUUAAUGAAACAGUUUUGGUAUAUAGAUCAUGCCCCAACUUACCCAGUCUUAUCUCCUGCUCUGUUAAUAGCUUGGUAGACCUUGCAGGAGCCUCUUGUGUGUGGUUAAGAUUUAUUAUACAGAACAGGAGAUAAAAACACCUGAUUGAAAAUUAAACUUUUUUUUUCAUGCAGGCUGUGUGAGUCACAGACAGAGAGGGUGUGGCUAGGGCUUCAUGGACAGUAACAAAAGUGAUUUAACUUCUGAAUGGCAGAGAACUGAGCAGUGAGACUAUACACGAAAACUGCUUCAUUAAGUUAAAGUUGUUUCAGUGACUAUAGUGUCCCUUUAAUGCCACAACUGUAAAGUAAUUCUUUUGACAUUUUUUUUUUACAAUAUCUGUGGCUUUCCUCAGCUGGGGCCACUAUAAGUGGCCCCAGACUUCUAAAUGUGCUGUAUGCAGUGAUCAAAGUGAGUGUUGCAUACAUGCUUGAAAGUUUUGUAUGAGCAAUUCCUAGGUCUUCCCUCUAUCAGCUGAGGCUACAUUUAGUGGCCCCAGGCUAACCAAUGAACUGUAUGCAGCAGUAAAAUUGAGUGCUGCAUACAGCCAUUAAAACCAAUGUAGUGAUCUCCCUCAGCCAUGGUAAUUCCUGACUGCCAGCUCCUUAAGGUAGACCCCCAGGAUCUGAACAGUAUCUCUUUGCAUGCCCCCCUGUCGCUUGUGUUUGGUGCUGGGCUUUGCCAACUGCCCAGCACCAAUCACAUUGUGAUCGGGAGAGGCAGUAUGUUGAAUUUUUGAACAUUACAGGGAAAUAUCCAUGUAAUGCAGUAAACAUCCAGUAGCUGGCCAUCACAUACUGUUCUACUGUUUAACUAGGUAAUCAAUCUGCUGCUAUCAAUGCUAACACUGUUUCCUUGGAGUUAGGAGUUAGGGUUGGGUUUAGUGUUAAGGUAGUGGUGGGCUGGGUUUAGAGUACGGUUAGUGUAGGGGUAAUGUUAGGCUAAAGGAAGGGUUAAUGCAAGGUUAGGUUUAAUGCUGUGUUAGUGUUGGAUUAAGGUUAGUGGUAAGGUUAGGUAUAUGACUAUAAUUAAUAUGUAUGGGGGAUAUUUAAUGAGAAACCCUUAGCCAUAUAGUUACAUAGUUACAUAGCUGAAAAGAGACUUGUGUCCAUCGAUUUCAGCCUUCCUCACGUUGUUUUUGCUGUUGAUCCAAAAGAAGGCAAAAAACCCAGUCUGAAGUGCUUCCAAUUUUGCAACAAACUAGAAAAAAAUUCCUUCUUGACCCCAAAAUAACAUUUAUCCAAUUGCUGUUUAAACAUCUGUAUGGACUCUGAUAAAACCACCUCUUCAGGCAAAGAAUUCCAUGUCCUUAUUGCUCUUACUGUAGAAAAACCUUUUCUUUGCCUUAGAUUAAAUCUCUUUUCUUCCAGCCUAAAUGCGUGACCUUGUGUCCUAUGUAUAGCCCUGUUUAUGAAAAGAUUUCCAGAUAAUGGUUUGUACUGGCCCAGAAUAUAUUUGUAUAAUGUUAUUAUAUCCCCUCUGAGGCGACAUUUUUCCAAACUAAAGAGAUUUAAAUUUUUUAACCUUUCUUCGUAACUAAAAUGCUCCAUUCCUUUUAUCAACUUUGUAGCUUGUCUCUGCACUUUUUCUAGUUCCAUGAUAUCCUUCUUUAGAACAGGUGCCCAAAAUUGCACAGCAUAUUCAAGGUGUGGUCCUACCAGUGAUUUAUAAAGAGUCAAAAUUAUAUUUUCAUCCCGAGAAAUUAUACAUGACAAAACCUUACUGGCCUUAGCAACUGCAGAUUGACAUUGCAUAUUGCUGCCUAAUUUAUUGUCUAUAACAAUUCCCAAAUCCUUCUCGUGUGUGGUUAUCCCUAAUUCAAUACCACUUAGGGUGUAAAUUGCUUGUGCAUUCUUGACCCUGAAGUGCAUAACUUUGCAUUUCUCUACAUUAAAUUUAAUCUGCCAUUUUAGUCCCCCAAUCUAUCUAAAUCCCUCUGCAGCAAAGCAAUAUCCUGCUCACAUUUUAUUACUUUCCAAAGUUUUGUGUCAUCUGCAAACACUAAAACAUGGCUUUCAAUGCCUAUUUCAAGAUCAUUUAUAAAUAUGUCAAAUAGAAGCGGUCCCAAAACAGAACCCUAAGGGACACCACUUACCACUUUUGUCCAGCCUGAAAAUGCACCAUUAAUGACAACUCGUUGUACUUUAUCCUUAAGCUAAUGUUCUACCCAAGAACAAGAAUAUUCAUCUAGACCAAUUUAUUUUAGUUUGGAGACUAACCUAUUGUGGGGAACCGUAUCAAAUGCCUUGGCAAAAUCCAAGUAGAUCACAUCCACUGCAACAACACCCUGAUCUAUACUUCUACCUACUUCUUCGUAGAAUGCAAUUAGGUUAGUUUGACAUGACCUAUGUUUCAUAAAACCAUGCUGAGUAUUGCUAAUAACAAAGUUCUUCCCAAUGAAUUCCUGAAUAUUAUACCUUAAUAGCCCUUCAAAUAUUUUCCCACUCACAGAAGUUAAGCUCACAGGUCUAUAAUUUCCAGGCAAGGAUUUUGAACAACAUCUGCCUUCCUCCAAUCCUCUGGUACAAUACCUGAAACAAACAAAUCUUGAAAGAUUAAAUACAAACGUUCACUUAUUUCCCCACUUAACUCCUUAAGUACUUGUGGGUGAAUACCAUCAGGCCCCGGAGCGUUCUUUACAUUGAUUUUCUUUAACUGCUGUAGCAACUUGUCUCGAGUCAUCCAAUCACAAGUUAUCUGCAAGUUUUUUGCAGCAAUCAUUUGCAUAUCUCUUGCCAUAGGAUCCUCAUUAAUAUAUACUGAAGAAAAAUAGUUAUUUAAAAUGUCGGCCUUUUCCUGGUCUUCAUUAACUAACAGACCCAUCUCUGUUUCCAGUGUACCUACACUUUAAUUUUUAGUUUUUUUAGAAUUGAUGUACUUGAAAAGAUUUUUGGAGUUGGUUUUGCAUUCUAUGGUUAUCAAUUUCUCAUUUUCUAGUUUAGCCACUUUAAUUGCCUUUUUGCAAGUAUUAUUGGCUUCCUUAUAUCUUAUAUAGGAUGCCUCUAAUUUGUAAGAUUUAAAUGCUUUAAAUGCCCCUUUCUUAUUUUUAAUCUCUUGUUUUUCUCUACUAAGCCACAUUGGUUUCAAUUUGUUUCUUUUAUAUUUAUUACCCAAUGGUACAUACUGAGAAAUGUACCUUUCUAAUAUUUGUUUGAAGAGCUUCCAUUUAUCCUCAGUGUUUUUUUCACUAGGGAGUUUAUGCCAGUUGCUAUGUUGUAGAGCUGCUCUAAUCUUAUUUAAAUUGGCUUUUUAAAAAUUUAACAUUUUAGUAUAUCCCACGUGCUUUUGCUUUUUUGAGUUUAUUUAAAAAAAUACCAUGUUGUGAUCACUAUUUCCCAAAUGCUCCCCUACUUGAAUGUUGGUCAAAAGCUCAACAUUGUUUGUUAUAACGAGAUCCAGACAAUCAUCCUUUCUAGUUGGUGCUUGUACCAGUUGUGACAUGAAGGUGUCAUUUAACACAUUGAAAAAUCUGAUUCACCUUGCUGAAGUACUAGUCCCUCUGUCCCAAUUUAUGUCCGGGUAAUUAAAAUCUCCAAUAAUUAACGUGUUACUCCGAUUUGCAGCUUUCGAAUUUGCUCUAACAGCUACCCUUCCUCAUUAAUAUUUACAGUAGGUGGUUUAUAACAUAUCCUAACCAAUAAUUGAUUUCCCUUAGUUUGCCCCAAGCAGAUAUCUAAACAUAAAGCUUCCACAUUUUCCUCGUCACAUUCCACGUGCCUAAGAUUUGACUUUAACUGAUGGUUGACAUACAAACAUACCCCACCACCCUUUUUGCUUUUCAUAUCCUUCCUAAAUAAUGUGUACCCAUUUAAGUUAACUGACCAGUCAUGUGUCUCAUCCCACAAUGUUUCUGUUAUGCCUAUUAUAUCAUAUUGUUUAGUGUAUGCUAUUGCCUCUAGUUCCCCCAUUUUGUUAUUUAGGCUCCGUGCAUUAGUAAGCAUACAUUUAAUAUUAUCAUGAGUCAUUUGUACUUUUUGUGAAUUUUUAUCAAUAUUACAUAUCUCCUUUGUUCUUAGCUUACCCCUCCCCCCAUGUGCACCGCCUUUAUACUGAGCUAAAGACCAUCUCCUUUCUAUCCUAUUGCCAUUUUCUAGAUUGCUUUGAUCCUCCCCCCCACUACUUGUUCUAAAACUCCUCCAACCUUCUAGCCAUCCUAUCCCCCAGCACAGCAGACCCUCUUCCGUUUAGCUGCAAUCCAUCACUGUUAUACAGGUUGUACCCAAGUGCAAAAUCGGCCAAGUGCUCUAAAAACCCAAAACCCUCUUUCCUGCACCAAGACUUCAGCUAUGCAUUGACCUCUCUAAUCUCCCGCUGCCUUUCUGCUAAAGAGGUCCUUUUCUUUAGCUUACUUCCUAGUUCCCUUAACUCAUUCUUUAGGAUCAUCCCUUUUCCUCUGACUUUGUCAUUGUUACCAAUAUGGAACAUGACAGCUGGGUCAUCCCCAGCCCCUCCCAAUAAUCCCUCCACUCUGUCGGCAACAUGCCGGACCCGAGCACCUGGAGACAGCAAACUGUCUGGUUGAGACGAUCAGAGUGGCAGAUUACCCAAUCUACUCUCUUAAUAACCUGUCUAGCCUUCCUUACACUCUCAACCCCACCCGUACUAGAGGGGCUGUUCCCACAGCUGUUAGAAGGAGCAGUUUCCUGCAGUACAGCUAUUCCUGAUGCUCCCAACAUCUUCACUCAAACUGGCAAAUCUGUUAGGCUGCACAAGAUCAGGACUAGCGAAACAUUUCCUCUCCUUCCCCCCCAUUCCUCGCCGCACUGUUACCCAGUUAUGUGCCUGCUCACCAACUGUCUCAUCUCCUCCCACUACACUACCUGCACCCAUUAGACUCUGCUCAGUGACCAGCAGACUCCUCUCAAGAUUGUCAAUCUCCCUCAGUGUUGCAAUUUGCCUCUCCAGACCUCCAAUCUGAGCUUCCAGAAAAGCAUCUCGCUCACACCCACCACAGAGGUAUGGACCCUGGACAGAUUCAUCCAGGCAUGCAUACAUGCAGCAGGAUGUGCACUGAGUAAAACUCUCAACCUUGCUAGCACUCAUCCCCAGUAACCAAAAACACAAGUGAGCAAAACAAUAUUUACCCUCUUGGUUUAAACUCCCUUGUAGUUGAAACUCCUGUUUCAACUCCUACUUAAAAGAGGCUUCUUUAAAUAGCCUACUUUCAAGCAAACUCCAGUGAGCAAGCUCUGUGAGUCAGUAGUGGGUUUAUAUUAGCAAUACAAAUCCCACACAGGUGGAAAUUAAGGGUUACUCCCCCUAAUUAGCUCAGCAGCACACACAAGGAGGGGAAUAUAAACAGCAAGAGAAAAAAAAAAGAGGGAAAAAGUUUUAAACAAAAACAGCAAAGUGAUAAAAAUAUAUGUAAGAAAAAGGGAAAAGUUUUAAAAUUAAAACAGCAAAGAGAAAAAUAUAAAUAAAAAAGGGACAAAGUUGGGGGGCGGAGCCUGGUAACGAGACGGACCAGACCCCAUUUUCGGGGAGCUCCAACUAUCACAAAUCCAAUCACCCGAAAAUCAGCCUAAUAUCCUGCCAUCCAACACCACAAGCACCAGCACUGCAUAGGGGAGACCCCCCGGAACCGCCUGAUGCCCUUCCAGUACACCCCGAAGCAGGCAAAGCCGAAGUGCAGAGCCCAGGCCUACCCUCCAUCAGACCACCACGGCCUGGAUUACCUGCUAGGCGUGGACUUCAUAAAGGACGCGUGGGACACAUCCCAGCACAGCUCCGACCAUGAAACCUCAGGGAUGGGGCGCAGAUCCCAGAAACCCCAUCAAGGUACAGUGGCAGCGCAGCCUGAUAUAGGCACAAUGUUCCAGCGUCAAACACCCCCCAAAAUGGCAGCCGCACAGGGCCCAGACUCCCCACAAGAGAUUAACACAUUGGAGCAAAGCACUCAGGGGGCUACUCAACCAAAACCCACACCCCAACAGGGGAUCACAGACCCGGCCACCAAACAGGACCUGCAGCAUAUGCAAAGCAUGCUGCAAGAAAUACAAAGCCUCCAAGCAGCAGACCUACCUACCCUUAAAACUAGCAUGCAACAAAUCACAAAGAAAGUGGUACACACACAAGGAGAAGUGAAAGGGAUCCAAAGAGAAAUCUCCUCGCUGCAGGACUCCAUCCUACACCUACAACACAACUAACAAAAGUUAGAGGUCCAACUGGCAGCCCAAGAGGACAAACACCGACACAAUCAUAUUAAAAUCCGAGGCAUUCCAGUCUCUGUGACCAAGGAGUACUUACCUCACUACGUGAGACGUCUCAUGCAAUCAAUACUACCCCCCACGGUGACAAGGAAACUUACCUUUGCCGGCAUAUACCGACUACCCACUCCAACUAGGGCAAACACACCUCUGGCAGGAGAUGUCAUAAUCCGCUGCAUCCUACCCCAAGAUAGGGGGCACAUAAUGUCGGCGCUCAAGGGCAAGGCGCCACUGCAAUUCGAGGAGUCCCAAUCGACUAUUUACCAGGACCUAACUGGCCAGCUACGCACAGUAGGAAUACCAUAUCGUUGGGGUAACCCACGCCACCUACUGGUCAAACAUCAAGAAAACACGUAUAAAAUCACCUCUGGAUCCAACACCACAGCGAUACUAACAAAACUAGGUCUACCAACCAUGAACACCUAGACAGCCACCCCCGCCUGUGACCCAGCGACGAUCGAGCCGUUUACGCCAAGGACACGGAGAAUGGAAACUCGGGCCUGCUCAAAGGCUAAAAGCUGCUAAUUGUCUCUUAUUUUAAUGUUUUAUUAAGUUUCUAUGUUGAUGGCCCACAAGUUAAAAACCUGGUCCAAAUGUCUCUCUAAGAGCUUGCCAGAGAAGGCACUGGCACACUGGCACACCAAAGUUGCGCACAGUGACACAGAGCGCAACUUCCCCCCCGACAGCCCCUAGGUUAGGGUCACCACCCCUCAAGAGUAGCUUACACAGACCACGGAACAGACACCUCCGCUGAAAGGAAAGGCUUCCCGACAAGCUGCUCCCAUGACUAACCGACCAAAUCCACAACCCACUUCAAACCAUUACAGAUCCACGAAGGGGACUAACCGCCCAUAUGACUCUCACUCAGCAUAAAGCCAAGCACCCACAAUGGAUCGCACCUAUAACACCACCCAAUGACCUAGGUAACGACAUACAUAACCAGUUGACGUAUCCACACCCAACACCAUACAACCCACUUCCUAGGAUCUCAUAACGGUUUUCAAAAACAUAAAAAUUGUGCCGAAUUACGAUAUAUGCGUUAUUAAUCCAAUGUUGAUAUCAAUGCGACUGUUCUCUAUUGCACAUGGUAACUGUACAUUUUGUUACUCAGCACACAAAAAUAAAGAAUUUUUUUUAAAAAGGGACAAAGUUAUAAAUAAAAUCAGCAAAAAUUAAAAAUAUCUUUAAAAAUAAAUAAAUAAAUGAAACCUGCUUUUUCACGUGGUAUUAACGAAUACCAAAUUAACAAAUACCUUAAAAUACAGUAGAACAAAAACAUAGUGCAAACUCGAGAUUUUGUUUAGUAUCAGAACUUGGAAAAUUACCUCAAUGCUUAAUGUGUUAAGGGUCAAAUGAUCAAGCAGAAUCCCAGAACAAUUACACUUACUUACACUUACAUUGUUUUGUAUGUUCAAAACCUUGGCUUAGAACUUCCAGAUUCUUUUUUGUUAAAAAUAUAAUAGCUAUAGGUGUUUUUCAAAACCAAAAAUAAAAACAUAACAUCAGUAGUAUGACAGAAUAGAGAUAUGAACAUGAGCACCCUGGAUCAAGCAAAUUACAUUGUUGAAGUCUAUGAAUAAUGAAUAAAAAACUGAAGUAACAAACCCCCUCAGUAUAUUAACAUACACUGAUCAGAAACAACAUAACCACCUGUCUAAUAUCGUUUAUUGUGCUGCCAAGACAGCUCUGAUGCAUCCACUAGUCCUCUGAACGUAUUCUGUGGUAUCUGGCAUGAAGACGUUAGGGAUGUGCAUGGGAAAAAAAAUUGGUUUGGUUCAGCAUUCGGCAAUUCGGGACUUUGUCAAUUCGGUUCGGCACUUCCGAAAUUCGGGACUUUGGCAAUUCGACACCUUGGUUCGGUACGGCACUUCUGAAAUUCGGGACUUUGGCACUUUGGGUAAGUGUAGGGUUAGGGUUGGGUUAGGAGUAGGGUUAGGGUUAGAAGUAGUGUUAGGGUUAAGAGUAGGGUUAGAGUAGGGUUAGGGUUGGUGUAGGAGUAGGGUUAGGGCUUGGUUGAGAAUAGGGUUAGGAUUAGGGUAGGGUUAGGUUUAGGAGUAGGGUUGGGAUAGGUUAGGGUUUGGGGUAGAGGUACCCUAACCCUACCCGAACCCAACCCUAUCCCUACUCCUAACCCGAACCCAAACCUACGCCUAACCCUACCCCUAGCCCUACUCCAAACCCUACUCCUAACCCUACUCCUAACCUAACCCUACCCCAACCCCAAUCCUACCCCUACCCGUUUUGCCACUUUUCAGAAGUCCAAAGCACUUCCAAAAUUCUACACUUCGACACUUUGGAAAUUCGACAGUUCAGUUCGGUUUGGCACUACCGAAAUUCUGCACUUUGGAAAUUUGGCAAUUCGGACAUUUGGAAGCAUCCGAAUGUCUGAAAUACGUACCAAUUUCCAUUUGGACCGAACCGAAUUGCACACGUCUACGUUAACGUUAAUAGUAGAUCCUUUAAGUCCUGCAAGGUGUGAGGUGGGGCCUCUAUGGAUCGGAUUUGUUGUUCAAGCACAUCCCACAGAUAUUCAAUUGGAUUGAGAUCUGGGGAGGUUGGAGGCCAAGGCAACACCUUGAACUCUUUGUCAUGUUCCUUAAACCAUUCCUGAACACUUUUUGCAGUGUGGCAAGGUGCAUCCUGUUGAAAGAGGCCACUGCCAUCAGGGAACACCAUUGUCAUGAAGGGGUCUGUAACAAUAUCUAGGAAGGUAGUCUUUGUCAAAGUAACAUCAAUGCCAGGACCCAAGUUUUCACAGGAGAACAUUGCCCAGAACAUAAUAAUGCCUGUGUCUGCCUUCUUCCCAUAGUGCAUCCUGCUGCCCUCUAUUCCCCAGGUGAGCUAUGCCCAUGCACCUGAUCUAGUCCUUCUUAGUCCAGUUUUAAUGCUUAAGUCCACAUUGAACGCACUUUUGAUGACCAACCAGAGUCAUUAUGGGCACUCUGAGUGGUCAUGGCUACGCAGGGGUUAAACACUGCAAACCGGGAUGCACUGUGUGUUAUGACACCUUUCUAUCAUGGCCAGCAUUACGUUUUUUUCAGCAAUGAGCCUUGUGUACCCAUGACCCUGACAAUGGAUCACUGGUUCUCCUUCUUUGCACCACAUUUGGUAGGUACAGACCACUGCAUACUGGAAAUAUAUAAUCCAUGUUAUUCAAUUGUCAGUGUGUCAACUGUCAGUGGUUUUAAUAUUGUGGCUGAUGACUGUAUAUACAAAUAUCUUCCAUUCUGUAUCUCAUACACCUCAUUAUGAUGAUGAAUGCAGUUUUUCAGAACAGUGGAACUUGUUUUUAAUUAGCUUUAAGUACAUCGGUGAAACACAAAUGACUGGGGUCCAGUAGCAUUGUAAAUAAGCUCAAAUUGUGUUAGGGCUAUGGCAAGACAGGAUGUCGAAAGAAAGUCUUGAAAUAAGCACCUCAUUGUUCUUUAUUGAGUUGGCUAGGAACCCAGGUGAAGCCAGAAGUAUGGUGUGAUGGUAAGAUUGAUUUAAGGGCCAACUUUAUGUUAGAGUGACACCAUUGCAGCAUUUAAAGGCAUUUGCUUCACCUAGCCCUUUAAUUCGGCUGUGGUUGGACAAUUAUAUCUAUCCAUAGGAGUUGCUCGUCAAGGGUUAACCAAUGCUUAAUCUUUUGUCCUCUACUUCAUGCUACCUCACACAACAAGCGGGAUGCUAUAUAAAAUUUCUCUAAACCUGGGAAUGCUUCAGGAGGACAACUGUGGCGGUUUAUGGUGUGUAGUAUAAAUUCACGUUGAAGGUUAAAUGUUUAAAACAGCGUGUAAGUAGUUUAAAACUACUUGACAAACUCCAGGAGCCAGAAAGUCAUGUUACUCUUUGAAUUAUUUCCAUAGAAAAUAUGUAUCUCUCCCCCUUUUCCUAAUAAGAUCAGUCUGCCUCACAGAUUGUUUUGCAGACAUUUAUCUGCCACUGGUGAAAUUAAGUAAAUUAAUUGAAAAAUGGCCAUUAGUCUCUAAAUACACUAUGCACAAACUAAAACAAAGAUUCAAAGACAUCAUUAGCAGAAGACUAAUAGCUUAUAGACCAAAUGCCAGGUUCUCUUAAUGGAAGCUGUAUAACAUUUAGUUUUAAGUACAAUAAAGGAGCCCAUUAAAGUUUGUUCUACCUUGUUUCUGACAUUUUUGCCGUACAGGAAAACAAUCCAUUGCCUGUAGGUAUGAAUGUCAUAUUACUAAUCCUGACCAGUUUACUGAGGUCAAGAAUGUCACCAACUUUAUUUCGCAGCAAUGAGUUGUGCAUUUUUCUUCUUUUAUGUUAAAUUGCAGAAAAUAGAAAUAUAAAUGACAUCUUGGCAUGAGGACAAGAUCAGAAAGAGACUUCAUAAUUGCCACCCUUUCUUAGCUAUUUAGAACAAUGCCAGACACAUUCUUUCACUAAAAGUUAUUUGUUUAAAAAAAAUACUAACUUUUAUUUAAAACAUAAAAUGAAUGAAUACCUAUCUCCUACUGUAAGCUAAAAUAACAAUUUAGCACAUAUAUUGCUGGUCAAUGGUUAAAAACAAAAUGUACAUUCAUAGCAUUUUUACAUGUAUUUGUUCAGCCCUUGUGUGUAUAAAAUAAUUUUAGAGAUUAUAUCUUAUAAUUUAAUAUGCAAAUUUUCAGCCAUGACACGGAAGCUUUGUAUAGAAGCAGAAAUACAAUUUUGUAUAUAAAGAAUGUGUGAGAAAACAAGAUAAGUUAAAUGGUUAUUCAUAAGAGUCACAAUGACUACAAAUAAUAUUUCAAGCAGACUGAAGUGCAUUGUUUCUCUGUGGGAUGAAAAUUAGUGUCGGAGCAAAGGAUAGAGUAAGAGCAGUUUACUGGAAUAAAGUCUAUUUUGCAAACAAGAUACACCUCCUUUUUGAGAGUGGUGUCUAUACAAAAAGUGCUAAAGUGAAUAAAAAACAGCAGUUCUAUACACUUGUAAAGAAUACCUUCUCAUCCAGACCCAAAAUUCAAAAUCUGUAAAGUGGUAUAAGUAAAAUCUACACCUUAAGUGGAGCGCUUAAAAUAAAAUGUUUAUGUAAAUGGGUUAACUUACCCCACGUUACCUUGUUAAAAUCUUUAAAUUUAAAGGAACAUAUAUAUAUAUACUCUGUAACUUGGCUUUUAUGCUUUUAGGGCAGCAUCACACCUCUUGUCCACUUUAAAGUUCUCUCAGAGAAAAAUAAAGGAAGUAAGGAAACCAAUGUGUAGUCAAAUAAAGUAAUCAAAUCCCCCAUUGCAACAAUGCAUCACAACCAGGAAGUGCUGUCAGCUGACCAAAAUCAUGUGAUGUGUAAAGUCUCUUUUGCAUUGUUUAGCAAAGCAAUGGAAAACAAAUGUUAGAUAAUAAAGAGGAAUAUAUUAGUAACAAAUUACCCCAAAUAAUAUAGAAAAUGUAUUGACAAAUGGCUGUGAUAACAUUGCAGAAAACUGAAAAAGGCAAGCUUUAGUUAUAGUUAACUCUAGUUUUAGUUUCUGUGAUCUGUAACUACCAUGAUGCUUAAUUAAAAUAUAAUUUGAGGAGAAAUGUUGUCUACAGGAUUUUUGACCGAAUUAAAUUCAAUGUGAAAACUGCUUGUUUGGCUAUUUCACAAUUUCUGAUACAUGUCGUCUAUGUGCUUAUUUUUCUUUUUAAAAUAUUUUUCAACGCAUAGUGUUCACACAAAGCUUGCCUUAUGUUAAAGAGUUCAACUAAAGGAUAGCUUAAAAGGAUAUCAUUUCACCACAUAAAUUACAUAAAUCCAAACAUGCCUAUAAACUGACUGUCAUUUUUCACAUAUUUUUAACUUGUAGUGUUUCAUAUUUAAAAAAAUAAAUAAAAAAAAUAGGAUUUAUUAAAAUAUUUUGCCUUCAGCAUAUGUAUUAGAAAAACAAAUUACUGCAAUGAAAAUACAAUAUAUACGUUGUAUAUAAAAUUACAACACACUUUUUGGAAAUCGUAUGUAGAAAGAUCACCAAACUCUAUUUUCAUACCCAGUGGAAUGUACAGAAAUAUAGUGCCAGAGGUAUUCACUAAUCUAUGAAUUGUUGAGAAUUCUCAAUAACUUUCAAGUUUAAGGCCAAAAUAACAUUUUUAUUUUUUUUAUUUUUUUAUUGUUCAAAUUAAUUUGAAUUCCCAUGCAUACACAAGCUAGAUAAACUCAGAAACCUACCCUGUGAGUAAAUGUAUCCCAAAAAGGUUCCCUUAUUAUGAUCUUGGUCUGCCUUAACAGCAAUAAUCUACUUCAAACAAGUUUAGUAUGCUGUUAAAGGACCACUAUAGUGCCCUGAGGGUGCCCCCACCCUCAGGGUCCCCUCCCGCCAGGCUGGAUGGCGAGGAAAGGGGUUAAACUUACCUUUAUUACAGCGCUGGGUGGGGAGUUCUCCUCCUCCUCUCCGCCUCCGAUCCUCCUCUUCGGCUGAAUGCGCAUUCGCAGCAAGAGCUGCGCGCGCAUUCAGCCGGUCUCAUAGGAAAGCAUUUACAAUGGACGCUUGCGUGUUCUCACUGUGAAAAUCACAGUGAGAAGCACGCAAGCGCCUCAUUAAGCUGAAGUGGUCUAGGUGCCUAGAGCGGUCCUUUAAUGACAAAUAUAUAUAUGUAUUAUACACACACAGUUUGAAAAGAAAUAUGAAAGAUGCUACUUUAAUAAUUACAUAAAAACAAAUUAAACAAGCACACAAUCACACAGAGAAUGCAUAUUUUCUGAUAUUAUAUAGGAUGCAUUUCACCCAAACAAAUGCACUAGCAUUGCUGGAAGUUGUGGUGUCUUACCCAAUUACAUUCUGGAAAGAUAUGCCUAGGUAGUUUAUGCAAAUUUCUUGGAAGCCCUUGCCCUAAGAGAGCUGCCCACAUAUUUGUACACAUCCUAAACUUAUCAUAUGAUUAUGAUUACCUAUGAUCAUUUACCAUAUGGUUACUUAUAACUUAAGACAUAGAUCUAACAUGGCCAUUACAUGUUCGUCACCUACUCUACCCUAUACCCGUAACAAAAGUCCAUGAUAUUAGAGUUUAGAGACAAUACUGUCAUAGAUUACCGUGCUCUGUUAUACUCUCGGAUGCACCAGCAACUAGACUAUCUAGAAAAGUUAAACAUUACGCUAGAAAAGAGUGACAGAGAGAUUUGGGCCCAAAAUAGGAACAGUCCCUCCUAUAAAUGGGACACAUGGGAGGUAUUCUAAGACCAACUAGCUUGGACGACGGUCCAUUCACUUUACACUGCACCUUUCCUUUUGCCAGCAAUGACUGACACUUGUAUAAGCUUGGUAAUGGCCACUAUAUUAAUCAAAUAUUUUUAUAUUGUAGUCUUUACAUAUAUACAAGUUGCUACAUAAUAUGUUUUAUGCUUUUUCUACAGUGUUAUGACUACAUAGAGGGCUCGGUGGCAGGAGAUUUAUGUGAAGAUUUAUGUGUUACACAUCAGCUGGUUUACAAACACUGCCUCUAUUACAACCCAGGAAAGAAAGUCAUUCAGGCUGAUUGGCAUGACAGUUCAAUAAUACUGAAAUCAAAAUCCGAUGCCUUCUCAAAUUUUAUGGAACCUUUUCUCCUAGAAGAAUCAGACAGUCAGACAAUUUCUGAUUCAGAACUUUUAGUAAUGGUGGCGGUAGAAAUAAAAAAUGUCAUUGGUUUGGAUCUAUCAAAUAAUACCAUAUUACCCAUUAUGACAGAAAGGAAAAAAAGUCAGAACUGGAAAAUAGACUUGGCCAGUAUGUGGUCUUUAUUUCAACAAGAAGAAUACCUGCUUUUCAAUUUGCUGCAAGACUUUAGCAGGCAUGUCUUACACGUGAUUGGUACUUGUGGCCAUUUCUAUGCCGUGGAGUUCCUUAGUGCUGGACACUCUUGGAAACAGAGCCUAUUUAACCUAGAGGAAGUUAUUGGUCAGUGCAACAGCGGCCAUAAAAGGUUGAAUGCCCUCCUGGAUAUUGCUGUCAGUUUCCUAGACAUGGUUCAUCAGUUUGACAAUGAUUUUUCUCAUCGACUUCAUCUUUGCGAUGUCAAACCAGAGAACUUUGCAAUUAGAAAUGAUCUCACCGUAAGUUUCCCUCAUAAAUAUCAAAACACUAAAUUAUGUCUUGCAUUUAAUUUGACAACAUACUUUUGUUAUUUAAAUGAAUAAUAGCUAGCAAAUGAUUUCAGUAAAUGCAGCAGACCCCCGAUAAGUUUUCAAACCAUUCUUAAGCAGUUUGACUACUUUCAAUGCAUAGGUGCCAAGGCACAAUGGGAAGCAUGACCACUAGUGGACUAUAUUGUUGGUGCUUGCUUGGAGUAUUCCUUUUAAGUUGAGAAGAGUAGCUCACAGCUAAACGUUGAAUGCAUUGUUUUUCUUCUGUUACUGGAUCUAAGACCUUAUUGCUAAACAUCUCAAGUAAGGUUUUCUAAGUAACAGGAGUAACUGUGUUAUGUUGUCUGGCUGGAUUUAGCCUCUUGCAAAGAAAGGGACAACAUUUAAUUGAGUAGUUUGGCCAUUUUGUAAUUGAUCCACCAGUUUGUCAGGGUCUCUGCUCCUUCCUUUCUAGGGCAAGGAUUAGGGUCACUGACCUACAAAUGCUCCCAGGUAUACACAUCUUCUCUAUGUGAUUCCACCAAUAGCUUCAUUGUUGUCCACUAAUACAAUAAAGAUGUUUCUAUGUUUUUUGUUUAACUUUACCAGAUUAACUAUAUAAAUGCUAUUAAUAGAAUAUAUACUUAUGGGUGUAUUGUGUAUUGCAUUACAGUAAAUAAUAUGUUUGGAUUUUUUUUUACUAACCAAAUUAAAAGAUAUUGUAAAAACACAUUUGUGCAAUCAUAUUGACACACAUAGGAACUUAGUAAAGCAAUAUUCACACACAUUACAAUACUUUUGGUUUUUCAAUAUAUUUAAAAUUAUGACACAAAUGUUUUUGUUUUUUUUACAACAAGCUGGUAAAGCCAAUGGGCAUCUUACCUGAAAAGGAAAUAAAAUAAAAUAGUUUUACUUGGCAUACACACUUCCUGUAAACGGAAAUACUAAAUAGUGCAAUUCUUUAAAGAAAGCCUCUCUCAAAUUGCCUGCUUAUUGUGUAACUUUUUUUAGUUCCACUGUAUCCAUUUUUAAAAUAAUACAGCCCCAAAUGUUAUAUGAUAAAUUAUACUUAAUGGGUAACUUGACAGAAGAAUAUUCUAUGUAACGGGAAUUAAACCAAGGUAUGUGUGAUAAUAUCAUUAUAAAAAGCCUUAUCACACGCUCACCCAAUGUGGAGAAUAAUGGGGAUCGACCAGAAAACUUUGUUAUAGGGAUAUUCUAAACAUAUUUUAAUGAAGUGUUUUGUUGCAUAAACCCGGUCCCUUUUGUGAGGCAUUGUAAAACAUUGCCUUUCAGAGAAAUGGCAUUGUUCACAUUUUUCACUAACCACUCCUAUAGGGACCGUCAGAGUGACUAUUUCUCGAUAAACUUUACAUAAUUUAAAUCCAUUCAUAAACAGAAUUAUACAUAGAACAUAAAGUCAUAAAUUUUGACUGGAAAAACGAGAUUUCGUCUGAGGCACAUAUUUAAGGUAUUUUUACAGUGAGAACUUUAAGGAUCUGGAAUUCUGCUUGAAGCAAUGGUUUCAACAGAGUUUGUACAGAUGUUUAAACAAUGGAUAAAUAUUUGCAAAAAAAUAAUAUUCGGGGAUAUAAUUUUUAAUAUGUGGGGUAACAGCCUAUUGAUCCAGGGAGAGAUCUGGGGUCGAAAAGCAAUUUUUUCCCUAAUUUGUUGCAAAACUUGAAUGUGUUUCCAAUUGUUGUUUUCGCCUUCUUUUGGAUCAACGGCAAAAACAGAUGUGAGAAAAGCUGAACAUGACAGACGCAUGUCUUUUUUUAGCCUAUGUAAUUAUUUAACUAUAAUAAUCAAGUAAAAGGAAGAAACAGGCACUCCAAGUUUCAUAUAUUUGCAUUUCAUGGAUAGCUAAAAAACUAAACAAAAUAAAUAAACAUUUUGGCUGCAACAGCAGCAUUUCUCAAAUAAUUUGAAGUAAGACUAUUGUGUUAAGAACACAAACAUGUAUUCCUAACACUAUAGUGUUGAACUAGCCAUUUCCAUUUGUGGCAACUCCAUGCAGAGCGUGGAGAUACUGAAAGUAGGUGCUACACACAGUGCAGCACUGAAAUAAGAAGCACCUCUAGUUGCUGUCUGAGUUACUGACAUUAGAAGUAUUACUAGGCAGCAAUGUAAAACACUGACUUUUCUCUGAAAAGGCAGCAUUUACAUUUCAAAACCUGCAGGGACAUGCUGUAGACACCAGAACCACUACAUUAAGCUGUUGUUCUGGUGACUAAAGUGUCCCUUUAAAGUCUUUAUUUGCUUCUUUCAUAAGCAUUGGAUUAGACCAGAGAUGAUCAAUACAUAUAAUACAUAAGCUCAGAGCGACUGCAGCAGGUUGACUACCUGGUGCUGGAUAAAAGGUGAGAAUUUUUAGUUUUUGAAUUUAAAUUUUUUUUUUUUUUUUAAAAAGGAGGCCCAUAAUCUAAAAGUCCCCAGUAACACAUUAACAUUAAAAAUAAAUAUAUUUAUUUUUAAUGUUAUGGUAUUCCUUUACACUAACAGAGGAUAACUAACAUUUUCAGGACCAGGUAAAGUAUAUAUAACUUGAGUAUCUUUAUUUCAUCUCUUGCUACAGUGAUGAGAGCAGCUUUCAUGUUAAUAUGUUACAAUAGAUGCUGUGCCAAUUAAUUAAUUACACAUUCCUCUAUUUUAUACUGCUAAGUACAUGAUAAUCACUAAAGUAUUACAGAUAUAGUAAAUCAGCCAUAAUCUUAUAACAUUGCCCUAUUUUACAGAAGCCAGAACAGUUUCAUAGUCUUGUUGUACUAUGCAUUAUUUGCGCCAAUUUUGUAGUUUUAUUUUACUCUUAGAUGUAAUGCCAAUAUUAUAGUUUUGUUUGGCUUGUGUAACCAUGACUACAAAGGCUUUUCCUGUAACACUACAAAAAUUCCAAAUCUGUCACUUCAUAUAUUUAUAUUUUUUGUUCCAAACUCUAGCAUUACAUUUUUUUAAUACUUUCUUGGCUGAUUAAUCAUGUUUACUUUGAUACACUUACAAGUUACCCUAAAUUAUUUAUUAAUUUUAAUUUCUCAGUGCCUGAUACAGUAAUAGAUAUAAAUACCAGCGACACUGGUUAAGACUAAAAUUCUAUAAUUCUUGUUAUAGUAUAAACAGCUGGGUUAUUUUGUUUUGCCAACUUGUCUUAUUUAAGGAGCUUAUUUCUUCAUUUAAGACAUAAGUUUCAAUUAGAUACAUAUUUUUCCAGUAUAGUUCAUAUGUUUUCUUUUUAGUAGUUUGGCACAUCUUUUUCAAAUUCUGCAUUGCAUCUUAAAAUGAUUUUGGGAGCAUAAUGUAUUAAUGUUCUGUUUUGCAACAGAUAUUCUUUUUUUGUUACUCAUUCACAAUUGGGUUACCGCUGGUAUCAAUAAGUAAAAUGUCUUCCCUUAAAGGGGAACUCAAGCUUCCCAGCAUUUUUAAUAAUGUGUUUACUUAUCCCUAUAUUUAAAUAAUAUGUAUUUCUGAGGUGUGAAAAAUAUUACAUAUAUUAAUUAACACGUCUUUAUCCUGCAACUGGGUGCCUCCAUUUUAGCUUCCUGACAAUUAUUGUAAAAUGUACACAUAAGAGAAGUGAAACAAUGUUUCUAUGUUCCCUGUGUGCACUGGUACCCUGACUUUUGCUCUGUUUGAAUUGGAUUAUGUAGUUAUUAAUCGUUAAGUUAAAUUUAAAAGAAAACAGAAUAUCUUGUGAAGAAAAUGCUACCACAAGUCAUAGGUGAUUUUCAAUAUUUUAUUGAAUGGAUUAAAUCUCAAUGAAACUUCAGCCUAUCUGUAAAUCUGUUUAAAAGAAUAAUUCCAAAAGGUAAAUAUAAAUGCUGAACCUAACCAAGUUUGAGUAAUUUAACCCCUUAACGCCGUUAUGGCGUUCUAUGCCGUACCGCAUUAAAAGGGCUUUAAAGCCGUUGCGGCGGCAUAGAACGCCGUAACGGCUUGCAGCCCCUGGAGGUCCGGUGGACUUACCUCCGUCGCGAUCCUCUUCUGGAGGGCUGCCAGACAGCCCUCCCCCGGCAAAUGAGGCCCCCUAUAGCUGGCUGGAUCAAAGAGCGAUCACAUGGCCCCCUAUAGCUGGCUGUGGAUCUGCCAGCAGGGGGACUGUCUAAAAUGUCAGACAGUCCCCCUGCUGGUGGGAAAGUAAAAAAAUAAAUAAUUAAACAUGUUUAAAAUAAAAUUAAUGUAUUUUUAUAUAUAUAAUAUAUGUAUAUCUAUUAUAUAUAUAAUAUAUAUACAUAUUAUAUAUAUGUAAUGUCAUACAAAGUGUAUUUUAAUAUUAAUAUAAGUACAUAUAUUAGUAUUAAAAUACACUUAGAAUGACGUUACAUAUAUAUAUAAUAUGUAUAUAUAUUAUAUAUAAUAGAUAUAUACACAUAUAUUAUAUAUAUAUAUAUAUAUAUAUAAUUACAAUAAUAAAUAAAUAAAAUAAUAAAAUAAAUAAAAUAUUGAAACAAAAUUUUAUAUAAAUUAUAUAUUCAUAUGUAAUUUCAUUCUAACUGUAUUUUGUUAUUAAUAUAUAUAUAUAUUGGUAACAAAAAAACACUUAGAAUGACAUUCUAUAUAUAUAUAUAUCUAUAUAUAAAAUACAAAUAACCGCAAAUAUAUAUAUAUAUAUAUAUAUAUAUAUAUAUAUAUAUAUAUAGAUAAAUACAUAUAAUUACAUAAAAGAUUACAUUAGUAUACACGUAGAAUGUAAAUACCUUUAAAUGCAUAUAUAUUAAAAUUCUACGUGUAUAUUUAAGUACUAUUUUAACGUAAUUAUGUGAUUUGAUUAAUUAGAAUUUGAUUGACGUGCCUGACAACACAAGGAGAAAGUGCAGAGAAUUUAAUUCGCAAGCACUAUAUUUGACCCUUUAACGCUCCAAGACACCAUAAAACCUGUACAUAGGGGGUGCUAUUUUACUCGGGAGACUUCGCUGAACUCAAAUAUUAGUGUUUCAAAAUGAUAAAUUGUAUUACAACGAUGAUAUUUUAAGUAAAAGUGACGUUUUUUGCAUUUUUUUUACAAAUGAACGGCACUUUUAUGGACUAUAUUAUUGUUGUAAUAUGUUUUACUGUUUUAAAACACUAAUAUUUGUGUUUAGUGAAGUCUCCCGAGAAUAACAGUACCCCCCAUGUACAGGUUUUAUGGUGGUUUGGAAAAUUAGAGAGUCACAUAUAAGGUUUGCAUUUCAUUUUUUUGACAUUGAAAUUUGCCAGAUUGGUUAUGUUGCCUUUGAGAGCGUAUGGUAGCCCGGGAAUGAGAAUUACCCCCAUGAUGGCAAACCAUUUGCAAAAGCAGACAACCCAAGGUAUUGCAAGUGGGGUAUUCCCAGUCUUUCUUAGUAGCCACUUAGUCACAAACAGUGGCAAAUAGCAAUUUGGAAAAUGAAAACACAACAUGUGGUCCCUUUAGAAAAGCAUUACGCUGAAACAUGGUAUAUUGAAUUUUAUGGUAUCUUGAUACUAUUUUUUGUAUGAUGCUUUAUUAUCCUUAUUGUCACUUUUUGUAUACUUUCUAUUUUAUUGUAUUUUGGUAAUGACGCUGUUUCUAAUUUUUUAUAAUGUUUAGUGUGCAUCUCUUAUAUGAUUAGAUAUUUGAAUACUGUUCUGUCCCUGGCUAUAUUUUGUGUGCCCUCCUACACUAUUUUGUGCCCACUUUACAGCUGCUUGGCACGCACACGGUUUUUUUUUUUUUUCAAGCCAUACCAUUUAUCAAAUACUCCAAACUGAAAGUAGCUAAGUCAGUCAGUGCCAUGAUGAUAAGUCUAAUCAAAGACAAAAGACUGCCCGUGGUUAGACAAUUGCUUAGAUCCUGAUCAGUGCUUCAACUCAAAUAACUUUAUUAAAUUAACAUCAAUUUACAGAAAAAAAAUCCCUACUCAGUUAUCAAAAUAGUUUUUUGUUCACUUAUGCGAUUUCAGAGAGAACAUAUUCUGUCGCAUAUCAGACUGAUCCCACACGUAAGGCAGUCCAGAACCAAAAAGCACAAGAAAAACAACCCAGACAAUGGUUUCGGCCUUCAUUGGGCCUUGUCAGUGAGGUGUAGCUGAUACCCCUCAAGGCACAGAGUUACAUCAACAUACAAAAGCUCCAAUGCAAAAACUUGUGCUAAGUUACCUGCUUUACAUGGCAACUGGAUGUGAUAUUUAAAUUAAAUUAAAUUAAAUUAAAUUAUUUAGAGUAGUUUUGUACAGAGCAGGAUAUGUGUUUUCUCCAUCUAUUCAUUUAUUAUUAAUAAAUUACUUUUUUUUUAGCUUUUGUGUAUAUCCUGGUAGAUUGGCAUCUCAGUUUGCCUAUAAAUGCCUAAAUUGCCUGGUAAGGAAAUAUUUAAAUCAAGUGAACUCUGAGAUCAUUGACGCUAAGUGUUUAAAACUGUUUUAAAGAUAUUUAUUCCCGAUAACAGUCUAUGAAAACCUGUAAAAUCUGUUGGCUAGUUCCAAGCUUAAUUUUAUGAGAUGAGACCUCCAUAAGACAAAUUAAUUCCAUCUGUGGAUUUUAUGUUUCCUUUGGGUUCACUCCAAUUUUAACUUGCGUUGUGUUUUUUUCAAAACAGCUGUAAAAAGCUCUAUAUCCAGGAUGGUUCCUUUGUGAAUUGAACUAUGAAACCCUUUAAAAAAUUAUUCUUUUACAGUACUGUUAUUUUGGUUAAUGGUCGCAGUUAAUGGCUCUUUUAUUCAUCCUGUGUAUAUCUCAGCUGAAGUAUCAACAAACAAAUCGCAUAUCACCUGCUAAGGAUGAUUUGUGGUUUCCCUACAAUUCUAAUAUGCGCCUUCUUCAGUGUAACUUGUGAUCAAGGUACCUACCGUUUAGUGUUUUCUAGAUAACUAUUCCACCUCUCAACAGGAUAUGUACUUUAGUGCUAAGAUUAUUACAUUUGCUUGUUGGUUUUCAUUAGAACAUUAUUUUAUGAUUUGGGGCUGCAUAUUUGUUUGUAAAAACAAUUGUAAUUAGCAUUUUUCUUAUUUUUAUAUUGGAGCACCAACUACUCUGUAAUAUUAUAUUUCACUUUAAAUGCUUUGCCUUAUGCAACUGGAUUAAAAUUAGUUUCAUUUAAUAUACUGUAAUAUGGUUUUGGUAUGGCUCAUGUCUUGUCAUAAUCAAUCUGUUUCUACAAUUUAAGAAGAUAAGAUUACAGGAUGUCUUGUUUUCCAGAGAAGGAUUGCAAAGCAUAGGAGGGGGAAAUUGCCCCCCAGCCACUAGCAUGCUUGGUUUGUGUGUGUAGCUUCAGAGUAAUACUCGUCUGCUGUCUAUGAUAUCGGAAUAUGAAGCAUGGUCUAUACAAGUGAUGGCUAACCUUGACACCAUAAAUUGUUUCUGGACUACAUUUCUCAUGAUGCUCAGCUAGCUUUUAGAGUCCAUGGGAAGUGUAGUCCAGAAAAAAAUUAUGGUGUCAAGGUUAGCCAUCACUGGUCUAUAUUGAAGAUACUUACAAGUGGAUUAGUCUCUUAGGCUUCCACAGAGUGAAUGUUCCCUCAUACUGUACAGGUCAUUCUGAUGGGAGGUUGCAGAGAUAUACAAUGUCACACUGUGCAACUUCAACAGCUUCACUCUGUCACACCCAUGUAUUGUAUGCAUUGCUGGGUGGUGCCAUCCCAUGUAUAUUUGUGAGUUUAACAUGUAAAAAAGGCCAUUAGUUUUAUUUUUACCUCCAUGGCAAGUUGCCAGUCCUUGCUAUCCCCAGUUUAGGUAGACGUGGUAGGGUUAAUGUUAAGUCCUCUGAUUUAAUUUCUUACUUAAACCAGAAAAUAUUAAACGAUGCUACAUUCAAAAACCACCAUCCAACUAAGGCUUUAACAAUGUUACUUAGUUUAUUUAUUUUCAUCUGACAAUAUUUUUUUUGUCUUGUAUCAUGUUCUCUUUAGUAUUUUUGAAUCUAAAUUCUUUGCUGGUUCUCUUACAAACUGUAAAUUUUCCAUUGUGGCCUUUCUACAUCACUACUUCAGUAGGAAUCAAUAAAACAAAACCUUUAUUGAAACCAUUAGAGCCUGCAGUACAUACAUUAUAAAUCUGUUCCUGACAGUUGCCACCAAAGGGAUUGUAUUUUAUAUUUAAACAUAAAAAUGCUAAUAGAGCUUAGUGCUGACUUUCCCACGUGACUGUCCAUUUUAAGUAGACUAAAGUGAGUAUCUGUAGGGACCAAAUAUUGAUUCCUGCAAACUUUGAAAGAAUCACAAACGUAUCCACAUUUGUUGACAAGCCUAGCACAGCCAGGCUUAAAGCAUCACAGUCACGCCAAACUUACCUUUCUCCUAUUGUUUCCUCUUCUCUUCCUCUCUCAGAAUCUGUUGUUCGUUUCCUAUUUCUGGUCUAUUUUUCUUUAAAACACAAGGCAAAUUAAGGAUUUUUCCUAUGCCUUACUUUUUUUGACCAAAGGAGGAGCUUAAGUCAGCUCCAUUUCCUGUGUCAAGGAGAAGGGCGAGUACUUUGUCUGAAACAAGAAAUGUAGCUGACUUAAGCUCCUCCUUUGGUCAAAGAAAGUCAAACGUAUGAAAAAUACAUAAAACAAAGUAGUCCAUACUUUGUCUUGUGAUUUAAUAAAAACUAGGGCAUUACUGGCACCAUAAUCAUUACGACACUCUAUUAUGGUUGUUAUGGUGCUUUAAGUGUUUCUUUAAAAGGAAAACUGAACUUUAUAUAAUGGAAACUUAACGUAGGGAGGUCAAGCCAGACCCCUGGGUGUUCCUUCUGGCAAGGUCUAUGGAUGACUGGUCCAGAAUGGAACAAAACUUACUGCAUAAGGUGACCUUGGCUGCCAGGAGGGCCCUGGCUCAAGUAUGGCUGCAGAGAGAGACUCCCCCUCUCGAUAUGGUGAUACAGAAGAUUAAGGAUGCAUUCAUCAUGGACAAGUUAACUGCUCGGGUUCGGGCCACUAUUAAGAAACUGGAAAAGGUUUGGGGCCCCUGGAUAGACAGCGGAGUUGGCGAUUAGGGGAGAGGGGGAACGGGCUUGUUCCCUCCGUACCCCGCCCCUCCUCUACAGAUAUCGAGUAUGAUAACAAACUCUCAUUUUCACCCCCUAGAAUGGGACCCCUGGGAACCCACCGAGAAGUCCAUGGGUUACAACUCACCCCACGGGCGCUACGGUCCUUGUUUAAAUAUACAGGCAUAUGGACAGGCCUGUAUCAUCUACGGAAACUCCCUGUAACACCCCCUCCCAUUCCCGUCCCUCUUCUUUCUUUUCUUCUCAUGGUACUUUCCGGUUUAACUAUCAUAUUCUCUAUUUUAUUAAAUUUCUUUCUUUUUAAAUCUGACUGACUUCUAAUCAUCGACCAUCCCGCUAGCUAAAGCCUUUAUUAGCUGAGGCGAGUUGAAGGGUGCCUAUAGGAUACUCACGAUUAAAAUGGCAAUACAACAUUGGCAACCUUGUGCACUAGGCUGGAGUCCGCUGACUUAGCUAACCUUUUAAAGCAUUCUAUGGGUCAAUGAUGAUAGGUAACGUGAAAUAUUACCAUGUGUUUUACAGUCAGUCAGGAGUCUUUGUAUUACUUAAUUAAAAAAUGGGUGGGACGCCACAGUAUACGGACUAUCAUAGUCAACAAGCAACAGUUAGCUAUAUUGUUCAAAGAUGGGUCUAUGAAUAUGCGCAACUAUUCGUCUCUAACUAAUGUUGACUUGUGUCAGAGUUAAUCUGUAUCAUGUUGCAUAUCUUAUUGUGGUGUCUGAUCUUGAUAUAAAUAAAGAAUUAAAAAAAAUAUAUAUAAUGGAAACUUAUUUUUGGCCAGUCAAAAACCUCAGGUUAUAGCAUCAAUGUACAAGAUAAAAAGAGAAAUGGGAACCCAGCUAAUGGAAGAGCUCAUUAUUUUCAAGUAUGGUUAAGGUAUAUAAAACAUAUUUUUUGCAUUAUUUCAUUAUCUGUGAAAUGUCUUCUUGCAAACGGCAGCUGACAAAGUUGCAACAUUUUAUUUGCAUUCAACUUUUAUUAUUUAAUUGCUUCCAGGUGGUGGCUAUUGAUAUGGAUAUGGCAUUUUUUGAACCCAAAAUGCGCAACAUACUGGAACAAAAAUGUACCUCAGAUAAAGACUGUAAUUUUUUUGACUGUUUUUCGACCUGUGAUUUAAAGACAUACAUGUGUGGAGCACAAAGAGAAAACAACAAUCUACAAGUAAGUAACUCGUCAAUAUAUAUUUUUAACUUCAUUUAGUAUAACAUUUUCUGGGUUCGGCAAAGAAAACGAGUCUAAUCAUUAACUUGAAGACCUCACUCUAGUAUGGAAUGUGCUGCAUAUUUACAGUAUUAUUUAUUGAAGUGAAACAUGUUGGGAAUUCAAAUUAAAUUCCAAGUGAAUUUUCAAUUUUAGACCAACAUAGCCAAACUGAAAGCAUUUCUGACUUGGGGAUUUUUUCCAUUUUAGAUAUUCUGACCUUAAAUUUAAAUUCACAUUGAAUUUACGAGAAUCAAACAUUUCCAAAUCCACACAGAAAAAAGGAGAAUUGAUGGCAUACCCAAAACAUGCACUUCUAAGUAGUGGUGCUGCCAUAAAGAACAAAAAAUAUUUAAAAAAAUACAGAUUAAGGAACAGCGCACAUGCAGAAAAACAUGCUGACUUGGUGGGUGUUGCAAACUGUUUGCUUAGCAGUUGGCAGGCUUGAUUGGUGUGACUGAAUUUAGGUUAUGGUCUUUACUGAUAGAUGUUCUGUUCAAAGUCAUUUUGAAAUGUCUCAGCUUGCUGACUUGAUUUUAUAGGUGUUGCAAAAUGUUUUGUAGUGCAUUAUCCAUGCUUCAAAAUAAUGAGGUGUCCUUAUCCAUGCUCACCUACAUUUUGGGUGUGUAGUGAUGAUGCAAAUCCAUAAUUUACAAUACUCCUAUAAAAGCUGGUUUCGACUUGUAGCCAGUGCCAGGGUGUGGUCUCUAGUUUUUUGUGAUUUGGUGGUAUUGUGACCCCGCUAUACUCUGACUACUCUCUUAUCUGGUUUUCCAUUGUCUGCCCACCUUUAAGGACCAGUAAUAUGUUUGUAAUAUAGGAUAGGUAUUAGCUUAAAUAUCCCCCACAUCAUAACACAUUUUACAGAUGGAUAUUUAACGCCAGGCAAUCCAAGCUUAUGUAUUUCUCAGGUGCAUAAAUAGGCUAAUUAUCCACAAAAAAAGAAUAUAAUUUAUUUAAUCAUACUGAAGAAUUUGCUAAUGCAGUUCAAUAAAAUCUACAAUGGUUUAGGUAGCCAAAACUCAUUGAUAAUAAAUAUGACAACUCAUCAUAAAGCUUCAUGUUAAUUUACAUCUCUUGCUUGCGGAGAAGUAUAGAUGAAUUGUUGCACUGCACCUUAAGCUCAUCACUUCUGUUUCGUUGAACUACUUAUGGAUUGUUUAAAGAUUUUCUGCAGUACAGGAGUUGCUGCUCAUUUACCCUCUAGGUUCUGUUUAAUUUCAUAUUAAAUUCAGUUUUUCUCCAAAGAGCAUUGAAAUUUCUUGGAAAUCAGCCCAGUUGUAUGGAAAUGUCUUGGUUAUUAGCUACCAUUAGCUCCCAGUGGUAAUAUUUCAUGUAGUACUCGUUACAUCAAACUAGAAAUUAUAUAUUUUAUACACUACUGCAUUGCAGUCGUUAAUACGAGAGAUCAAAAUACAAUGAUAAAAACAAAGGCAAUAAUUUGUAGUGUCUUGUAGUUAUCUUUGUAACCCAUAAUAUUAUUAUAGGAAAUUAUUACAAACACCGCUAAAGUGCGAAUUUAAACUGUAUUCAAAGUGAUUUAUAAAUUUAAGAUCUAAAUAGCUGAAUAUAAAAAAUUCUGUCAGUUUGGCUACUCUGGUCUUAAAUUUGAACUUUUAAUUCUCACUUUAGUAAAUAACCCUGUAAGACUCUGCCAACACUGCUGGUCCACAUGAGAGCCCCUAGAGAGUUUUGUAUCAACCUAUGCACAGGCUAUAUGGUUUAAAUUCCUUUAAAGAGAUUUUAUAGUGCCAGGAAUACAAAGUGGUAUUCCUGGCACUAUAGCUCCCUCUGCCUUCCCUAGAAUGGCCGGACUCGACGUAUAUGAGAGGAGGCAGAGUCAGGAACGAUCCGAAGUCAAGGACACAGAGAGACAGCGUAAACUAGGACUAGCCGGGGUCUGGUACACAGUAAACAGGAAGCCGACAACCAGAACAGAUAAGGAUAAAGAGAAAACAUAGUCAGAAACAAAGCCAAAGUCAAUAUGGAGAAAACACAACUGAACACAACAAGCGCUAAAGGGAACUGAAACAGAAACCACAAUAGGGCAGGGAGUAAAGGGAGAGGUAAGUUUAAAUAGCUUCUAAACUAAUCUGAUUGGCUCCUGUCAUAUCCACACCCCCAAAAGGUAAGUGUAUGGGGAAUGUGGCAUGACAGGGGCCAAUGGGAGCCUUUUAACAAUUUAGGCUCCCACUGUCUCUUUAAGAGCACGCCCGAGACUCGCGGCGCGCUCUUAGAUUCAGGCGGGACACGUGACCACUUCUCGCGGUCACUGCCCGCCUUCCUAGUGAAGCCGUCGGAUGAGCCGCGGCCGGCCCCUGGAUAAGGUAAGUAACGCUACAGUCUGGUAUAGAGCCACCAGAAGCUGUCUUAGUGCUGCAAUGUAAACAUGUUUUGCUUUGUAUUACAAUUGGAAUAGGGACACUCAAUAAGCUGGAGUGGUCUAGGUGCCUAUAGUAUCCCUUUAACUGUAAACAGUUUUUGGAUAUGCACGAUUUAUUCUUUAUGGCACAAGAGCUGAGUGUGUCAGGGAUGAUUUAUCCAUCCAAUUUUACUUUAUUUUAUUGUUGACAUAGCAGCUAAGAUAUUUCCCACCGUGCAUAGCUGUUUAGAUAAAGAAACCUCAGAACAGCUAAAUAACAUUUGCUAAUAUCAUUGAAGAAAAUAAACGAAUGUAAAGGGACUAAAGAUAACUACAUUAGUAUUCAUGGCACAUACAUAGCUCAGUUUUUGUUUUUGUUGUAAUCAAGUAUUUUUGUGAGUUUUGUUUGACAAACUUUUAUUUUUAUUGAUGUGUGAAGAUGUAUGAACAUGCUUAGCAUUUAUUAGGAUAGUCAGGGUGGAGUUGGUUUGACAUUGAACCAGAAUAAUAUGGAUGACAACUUUUGGAUUAGUAAUAUACAUUUUAAAAUAUAUGAAACAUCUCAGGUUGAGUUUAUCUAGAUGUGAGCUCAUGUAUUGACAAGUGAUUUAUCUGAAAACAAGCAAAUGUGUUUUGAUAACUGAUUUAUCUAGAAAAGAGCAGAUGUAUUUUAAACAUUGAUUUAUUAGGGUAUUAUUUUGUGGACCUACAUAUGCAGGAAGAUAGGGAGAUAUACAUAGUAUCUCAAAGUCCUCAGUAUGAAUUUGUUUGAAAAACUAGGUAGAGAGUGGGCAAAUAAGAACAACAAAAAAAGUAAAUUAAAUUUAAUUAUAAUAAGUUAAAGCUGAUUUUCAAUUUCAAUUUUUUUUUUGUACGGUAGUUACUAUUCAGAAACUAAAUGAACUGUACCUUAAACCUACCCAGGGCAAACUCGAAAAUUAAUUUAUUUAUGUAAACUAAAAUAACAAUAGAAUAAAAAAAAAAAUAGUUCUGAUCAAUGAAGUGUGUUUACUAAGAACCAUAUAGAAGCACUGGAAUUAACCAUCUAGAGCAGUGGUUCCUAACCUAGCCCUCAAGUACCCCCUAACAGUCCAGAAUUUAGGAAUUAACUAGUUGUGUCUAAGGUGUUUUUAGAAAGAAUGGAAAAAAACACUUUAGAUACAUUUUUCAUUUUUACAUAAUUAUAUAUAUAUAUUUUAUUUUUUUACAUUAUAUAUUCAUGAUACUGUUUUCGUUGUAUAGAUGUAGGUCUAUUAUGCUCUGCCUCAUAACUACAGCUGUAUUAAGGUCUGCAUUAUUGAUAUCGUCAUUAAAAGGGUUCAUUCUCGUUGUGUAUUCAACCUCCUCCCGUGGACUAUUUCCUACAAUGCCAUUUACCAUAUGGGCGGUAUUGGCAUACAUUUGGAUCAUCGCCGGCAACCGGAAGUGACAUAUUUCCCGGAAGUCCUUCAUGCGUUCCAAAGUUAAACGCACGCCAUCCUGACCAUCAGCUGCCGAUGGUUAACUACAUUUAAAUGAGUAUUUAAGAGGAACUCUGUGAAACAUCAUUAUACAUCCCUGAGGAAGUCCAAACAGGAUGAAACGCGUAGGACUUGUUUUUUUUAUUUAUGUUUUAUAUUUGUUUGUUUUGUAUGUAUUUUGUUAUUUUAUUAUUUUGGCAUCCUUCUAUUUUUAUCCUGGGAGCUUCUUGCGACCUGCUGGAGUUCUUGAUACCACCACAUUGUGUAGAGAUAUGCUGAUUGUAAUUUGACAUCUUAUAAGUGCAUUUGUAUUCAAUAAAUUUGUUACUUUUAUACAGUUUGCACUAUCUUUCUCUUUAUCUUCUCAUUUUGAGUGAUAUAAGAAGAUUUCCUUGUAUGAAGAAACUCUCUGAAAAUUUUCUCCAUCCACUUGCUUACCCUAUAAAAGAGGGAGAUAUGCCUGAAUUUUCAUUCAUCUAGUAAGUUCUUUACCACCUCCUGUCACGCCACUAGUGCAUAAUUCAUUGUUGCACUAUAGAAUAUUGCCAUUUAAUGUAAUUUAUAUAGUGCAUAUAUGAAUUGGCCACUUGGUUGCAAGGUCAGAUGACAGAAGGGAUAAUAUAAAUGGUAUAGGAAUGUGAAGGAGGGAAGAUGGUUUGCAACAUGGAUGGAUCCUUUGAUUAAUCAAUGACUCUGCAGAAUGUGUGAGAUUCUUCACUGGAGAUAACUGGAUAUCUAGUUCCAAGCUCUGCAGGGUGUGAGAUUGUACACCUGAGAUGCCUGAAUGUCUACUUCCGAUGUAAACUAGCUGACUUCAGCCAUAUGACCUCUGCCUCUUAAUUGAUGAGUUUUUUUUUAUAUGUUAAUGAUCAUUAGCCUAUUGUCUAAGUAUCAUAUCCAAAAGAAACAUUAAUAUGUACCCACAGAAUAAUAAUUAAGCCUCAUUUUUAUUAUAUUUAGAAUGAGACAAGCACCAUCUUCUAAACAAGCCCAAACAUAAUUGGCAUAACUUAACCAUAUGGGAAGGGAUUGGGAUGUCCGCUAUAUUGGGUCACAAGUAAGAAGUGUGACAUUUCUAUGGAAUGGAGAAAUUGUAACAAAUUCCUAGAUGCAAUUAUUAUUUCUGUGGCAACUACACAAGAGGAGAUAAAAGAAAAGGUUUCUAUUUGGAUUUAUGUGGGUCUGGAACACAAGGGGGUGGUCACUUAUUGCCUCUAUAGAUACGCCUUAACUCCACCUCUAGGCUUGGCAAUCCACAGGGUAUAUAUCCAAUGAUACUGAAAUGUGUAUUGGACUUGCUUGGGGGCCAGAAUCUAAUUCUAAGUGAGUCAUCACCUUUCUUACCAGAGACCCCCUGGGCAGAAGUUUUACUUUGAAAACCUGAGUAAGUGAUUAGGACUUCUGUUAUUGUAUCCCUUUAGUUUUUUUUUAUCUGUUGUUGGUGUAACUAAUUUGAUUGUCAUCUGUAUUUUUGUAUGCACUGUGACUAUUUUUUGCUCAUAAUAAAUAUUCCUUUAUUAAGUUCUGCCUUUCUCUGGUAAAGAACCUGAAGAGGCUAAUUAGUGUUUUGCAAUUGCAUAGGCAUUAUGCUAAGUUGUAUUUGGUGUUUUUUUCUUAUUCACUUACAAAGGGUACCAAGCUGCCCCAUUUAUAAAUUGUCUUGGUGGUGACAGCAUUAAAAUGGUAAUAUUUAUAUUAUUUAUGCUUAAGUGUGGCUGGUUUUAAUGGGGGUUGUAUCAUUAUUUCCAGUCUAGUGUAGACAAAUAUUGAACUUUAACCCUUUCACCACCACAACCACGUCAUGCACACUCAUGGAGUAGGGUUCAUUUGUUACACCCCCCACGCCCACCCCUGUGCCGAUUAUACUGCAUUAUAUUUUCUUUUUUCCUCAGAUAAAUAUCCAUAUAUUGUCUUCAUCAAGAUAUUAAGAUAAACUGAAAUAUCAGAAUAUAGAAUGUACAUGUGUAUUUUAUGUCGUUAUGCAUUUUUAUGUUCUGUAGAUUAAUGUUACCUUUUUUGUUUUUUCAAAUCCAGCCUAUUUUUAACAUUUUCUCUGUAGCCAAGUUCCACACCUAGCCUUCGCCUUGGUUUCCUUAGUUUCUAUAAUCUAACUGAAUGUUGCCUUUUAUUUCCAUUGUUUGCAGGUUAUCUGUGAUAAGAUAUUUCGGCGCUGGUUUACGUUGAGCAUUAUGAAAUCUGGCAAUUCAUUUCCUCUUCAAGAAGAACUGCAUAGGGUGGUACAGCAAUGUGCUCGGUCUACAAACAAGGAUAAACAAUAUACAGAGCUAUACAAAUUACUUCGAGCUAGCCAACAACAGCUUCAGAAAAGAAGUGAGGAACAUCAUUAAUAGUUUGUAAAGAAAAAAAAGUGAGCUCUUCACUCUCCUACGUUUAUACUGUUAUGAAUAUAGGAUUAUUUUCCUGACUACAGUUAAUACGUUUAACGAAAGUAAUCUCCUAUUAACUUAACGCAUUUAUUUUUAAAUAAAUGUACAUUUUAAACUGGUACAAAUAGAAGUGGUUGAAAGAGAUAAUUCUGGUUUGACCUGCCUCCAGCAUCUUUUAAAUGUAGCAGUAAAAAUAUGCAAAACAUUUAAAAUAAUUAUACUUACCUUUGGAGUUCUGGAUUUGCAUGUUCUGAAGCGAGCCCUCAUCAAACCAGGAAGAGUCUCUGGUACGCCCAUAGCUUUCUAUUGGAUUGUGAGUUGGGAAUCCUUUAGUAGAGAUCUAAAAGCUGAACUGCAUGAGCAGAACUAUUAAACUCUUUUAUGACACAUGAAGUGCCGAACAGUCAUGAUAUGUUAGGAUUUUGGUAACCCCUGAGGGGUUAAAAAAAGUGUAUUAAAAGCAUACUCGGCAUACUUUACUGUAGCUUAAAAUUGCACUCGACAUGUCUCAGUGUAUUUUUAUCUUGUUGGUUAUUUGAACCCUCUGUAUUUAUGGGCAUAUUGCACUUCAGUAUGUGUUUUACAAAAUCCAAAUAUUUAGUAAAGAGAAACUAGCGCACACAUAAAGCUUUUAUGAGUUCACAAAGCAUAUUUUUAACAACUUAUAUGUAAAAGUUUACACAAUUUGACAAAAUAUUAGGUUUAGCCAUAUCAUAUAAAUAAUUGACAGGGCAGAAAGUAGAAAGGAAAAUGCAGUGCCCAAGUUUACAGGAAUAAACAGGGCUGAUUUAAGGAUUUUGGUUACACACCUUAUAUGUUUCUUAUCUCCUCUUUUGCAUCUUACACCCCCUUUAGUGUAUAUUAUUCGUGUUUUGUGUGUAUUACAACCCCUUGUCCAGUUGUGUGUCUCUUACUCUUACAACCCCUUUGUGUGUCUUACUCCUUCAACCCCUUUGUGACUCUUACUCCUCCAGCCCUUUGUAUGUUACAUACUUACUCCAACCUCAUUGUAUGUCUCUUACUUCUCCCAGCCCCAUUGUGUGUCUCUUAAUACCCCAGCCCUUUUGUGUGUCUCUUUCUCCCCUUUCCCAGCAACUUUGUUUGUCUCUCCGUCUCUCCACCCAGCUCCUUUGUGUAUAUGUCUCCUCUUUCCUAGCCCAUCUGUGUGUCUAUUUCUGCCCUUCCUCAAUCCCUCUUUGUGUCUCUCUCCUCUCUCCAUCCAGUUUGUUUCUUUCUCAGUUCCCCUGCCCUUCUGCAUGUCUGUAUGUGUACCUCUUUACUUCCUUGCCUCCCUUUUGUAGCAUGGCCAUGUGGACUAUGGUAGAGGAUUUUCUGUAUCUUCUACCAAGUCUGACUGGAAGUUGUUUGCUGCUCUCAGCGAGCAGCUUCCAUGUGAGCCCGGAUUGAAGAUAAAGAAGAUCUCUACUGCAGUAUGCACUGCCGCACUACAAUAGAGUUGCUAGCAGCAGUUGGAGCGGUGUGCGCUCGCUUCCUGAUGGUCACCCAGACAGUGUGCAUAAGAUGCCACCUGUGCCACCUUAUGGUUGCGCCAGCCCUGGGACUAAAUGAUGUGACCUGACUAACUUUUGAGAGCCAAAUUAAGUGAAAUUUAAUAAAUGCAUAUUUUCAAAUAUCUCCCACUAAGAACGAUUUCUGAAAGUUAUCUUUGGGUAGUUACUCCUUGAAGGACCACUGAGAACUUCUUGCAGCUCCUUACAACUACUGUCAUUGAAUUCAUGUAAGAGUGUUUAUUAUCCUUUAUCAACUACCAAUGCUUUUAUCUGCAAUAUUGGGAACUCAAAACAUUUCAGAGGCCCAUGAUGAGGAACUAGGAAAAUGCUCUGCAAGAAAAUUAAUUGUUCCUCUAACAAAGCAAGCCACUACAGCAUAUAAAACAUUUUGGGUAGCUAAUAUAUUCUGUUUUUACUCGUAAAUAUAUUUUAUUGAAGUCAGUUUACCUCACAGAACUGAAACAACAAAGAUUUUUUGUUAAAAUCACUAGAUGACAUGGAUGUUCUGUAUUCUGAAGCUGUCCCUAACACUAGGACCGUGAAUAAAAUAAAUUAUACAUGUCCCUGUCAGUGGGCCCAUGAAUAAAAGAAGAGACGUGAAUGUCCGUUUCUCUAUUUUCAGUUGCUCGAUUGGAAGGGGCUUAAUAUAAAACAGCUGAAAUGCUUCUUCUCCCAGAGGUAAAAGAAAGUGUCAGUCAAUUAAAUUUGGCUCCUUAAACACAUCAUUCAUUAAGUGAGUUCAUAGAGGGGGUUGCACUUAUACUGUGAUUAUGAGUCCCUUCCAAUUUUUCUUAUAAUUUGGAAUUCAAGCAUUUUUUUUUGGAUUAGGAAGACUUCACGUAACCAGGUAUGUGUCAAUGAAGCCAAGUGUCAAACUAGAGCUGUGUCAACAUAUUCAGAGUUUUCGAAUGUUUGCAUUUUAUUUUAUUUUAACUGUCCAAAAUAGCAUCUGCAGUACUGUUACUUUGAG